CGUGAAAUGUGUGAAAAUCGUUCGUUGCGUUUGUGAAAGGAAGAGAAGUGGAAAAGAAAAAAUAAAAAGAAAUAUAGUGAAAAUUUUUUAAGUAAAGUUUUUCCAUUGUAAUUCUUACACACGUUCGCUGCUCUGGCUUACUUUUGUGCAUAUCUAAAGCUGUGUGUGUGCUAAGUGUGCUGCUAAUGCUGUGUUGCAUAUGAAAGUUUCGAUUUGCACGAAAAGCAAAUUCAAAUCAAUUCUACAGCAAUAGAAAACAACACAACUAAGAAAUUCACAAAAUAAUUUCAAAAUAAAGUGCAAAAAAUUUACAACAGCAAAAAUUUGCAAAGAAAAGAAAAUUGUGUUCAAGUAAUAGUCGGAGCGCUGUGCGCGAUCUCCAAGCAAAGAUUUUGGAUUUCGAUUUGGAAUUAACUGUGUCUCGAAGCGUGUGUCUCGCUGUGUGUGUGGAGUAGCGCGCGGCCGGUGACAGAAUGUAUUAAAUUCGGAUUCGAUUGCAAGAAAGUUAUGCAAAAAUGAGAAUAUUUUUGCCACUAGUCACGUGGAUAGUGCUACUUUCGAGUACAGUACAUUCACAAAUCAAAACAAUACGAUCGGACCAAGCGCAUUUGAAAAAUAGCCGUUUUGGUGGCGAAGUAUUUUUUCUAAAUCUUGAAGAUGGCUACUUUGGCUGUCAAGUUAAUGAGUCUACAGAUUAUUUACAAUUAUUCGAAUUAUCGAAAUUAUGCGACGGCAGGCGAGAUUGUUUUCUCGGUGCCGAUGAGCUGAGAGAGGAGCUCAAAUGCACAAAUGACUGUGAUAAGGAUGGCACUCAGUGCACGAAUGGUGUUUGCUUAAAUGGCGUUUGCCAUUGCAACGACGGUUUUGGCGGUUGCAAUUGCAGUGAGCGAGAUGAAAACGAGUGCAAAUAUCGUCCAUGCGAUGUGUUUGCGCACUGCAUCAACACGCUUGGCAGCUUCACGUGUACCUGCUUUCCCGGCUAUCACGGCAAUGGGCUUCACUGCGAAGAUAUCGACGAAUGCCAAGAUCCUACGAUAAGAGCGCGUUGCGUCGAGAACGCCGAGUGCUGCAAUCUGCCAGCGCAUUAUCUCUGCAAAUGUAGGGACGGCUAUGAGGGCGAUGGCGAGGUGCUGUGCACAGACCUCGACGAGUGCCAAAGUCCCACGGCCUGCGGCACUGGUGCGCAAUGCAUCAACACGCCCGGCAAUUACACCUGCGCAUGUCCCGAAGGCUACCAUGGCGAUCCAUAUUACAGCUGUACGGACAUCGACGAGUGCACGCAUCCGAAUGCCUGCGGCCCAGGCGCCAUCUGUACGAACCUCGAGGGCGGUUAUCGCUGCGACUGCCCGGAAGGUUACGACGGUGAUGCGCGCUCCGCCAACGGCUGUGCCGACUAUGAUGAGUGUGCGCGUUCGCCAUGCGGACGUAAUGCGCAGUGCCUGAAUACGGACGGUAGCUUCAAGUGUAUCUGCCCCGAUGGCUACGCGGGUGAUCCCAGUCAAGGUUGUGAAGACGUCGACGAAUGCUCCACUAACAAUCCAUGCGGUUUGGGUGCUGAAUGCGUGAAUAUUGGCGGUAGCUUUGCGUGCCAUUGUCCGCCCGGCUAUGCGCUCGAAUUCGAACGGGAGUAUAGUCUGGGUGGCGGCGGUAUCUAUGGCGGCAAUGGCACAACACUAAGGGUAACCGGCGCCGGUUUAGCUUGUGUCGAUAUCGAUGAAUGUAAUAUGGAUAAUGGUGUGGCCAAGUGUGGCACGAACGCAAAAUGCAUUAACUUUCCGGGCUCAUAUCGUUGCUUAUGUCCGAGCGGCUUUCAAGGACAGGGGUAUUUGCAUUGUGAAAACAUCAACGAGUGCCAGGACAAUCCUUGUGGCGAGAAUGCGAUCUGCACCGACACCGUCGGCAGCUUUGUCUGCACCUGUAAAACGGACUACACCGGCGAUCCCUUCCGCGGCUGCACGGACAUCGAUGAGUGUACCGCACUAGAGAAACCCUGCGGCACACAUGCCAUAUGCGAAAAUGCCGUACCCGGCUAUAAUUGUAAGUGUCCACAGGGCUUCGAUGGAAAGCCAGACCCGAAAGUGGCCUGCGAACAGGUCGAUGUUAAUAUACUUUGUCGCAGCAGUUUCGAUUGCACCAACAAUGCUGAAUGUAUUGAGAAUCAAUGUUUCUGUUUGGAUGGCUUCGAACCGAUUGGCUCCAGUUGUGUGGACAUCGAUGAAUGUCGCACGCAUGCGGACGCCUGUGGCGUGCACGCACAAUGUAUAAAUACGCCCGGUUCGUUCCGUUGCGAUUGUGAGGCUGGCUUUGUGGGCACACCGCCGCGCAUAGCUUGUAAGGAACCCUGUGAGGAUGUGCACUGUGGCGAGCAUGCUUACUGCAAACCGGAUGGCAAUGAGGCUUAUUGUAUUUGCGAGGACGGUUGGACUUUCAAUCCCAGUGACAUCUCAGCCGGUUGUGUGGAUAUUGACGAGUGUGAUGCGGUACAUGGUCCCUUUGGCAGUUGUGGCAUCAAUGCGACGUGCACAAAUACGUUGGGUAGCUUUAGUUGCGCCUGUCCAUCAGGCUUUUCCGGCGAUCCGCAUGCCAAAUGCGUCGACGUGGAUGAAUGUCGCGUAGGCAAUAAGUGUGGUGAAGGUGCGGAAUGUGUUAAUAUGAAUGGCGGCUAUACCUGUCGUUGUCCAGCCGAUUCGAUCGCCGAUCCAGAUCCCACCGUGCGUUGCGUACCGAUUGUUACGUGCGCUUCAAACAACGACUGUCCCGGUAAUGCGAUUUGUGAUGCGGAAAAACGUUGUCUAUGUCCACAACCCAAUAUCGGCAAUGAUUGUCGUCAUCCUUGUGAAGCGGUUAAUUGUGGCGCUCACGCACAAUGCAUGUUGGCUAAUGGCCAAGCGCAAUGCUUGUGUGUCGAGGGUUACACUGGCAGCCCCAAUACACCCGGCGGUUGUAAUGACAUCGACGAAUGUAAGACGAACCCAUGUCAAGCGAAUGCUAUCUGUACCAAUACAGCUGGUGGUUAUCUUUGCCAGUGUCCAAGUGGCGCAAGCGGUGAUCCCUACCGUGAGGGCUGCACUGCAGGAAAAGUCGCAUUCACUUGUUCCGACUCGAAUCCCUGUUCGCCGGGUGAAACCUGCGUCACAGACUCAUAUACCGGUAGUGGCGUGUGUAUUUGUCGACAAGGCUACGAACGCAAUGCAGAGUCAGGUCUCUGUCAGGAUAUGGAUGAAUGUUCGCCGAAUCGUCAGAAGGCGGCUUGCGGCCUUAAUGCGCUUUGUAAAAAUCUACCCGGUAGUUAUGAAUGUAAAUGUCCACAAGGCUUUAGCGGCAAUCCCUUCGUUAUGUGCGAGCAAUGCAAAUCACCGGAAUGUCAAUGUCAACCACCCUACAAGUUGGUCGGCAACAGUUGUAUACUCGCCGAUUGCUCAAAGGAUAAGAAAUGUCCGAACGGUGCUGAGUGUAUUUCAAUCGCUGGUGGCGUUAGUUACUGUGCCUGUCCGAAAGGCUAUAAGACCGGACCCGAUGGUUCAUGUGUUGAUGUGAAUGAAUGUGUGGAACGUGACUCGCAAGUGUGCGCUUUUGGCGCUGAAUGUAUUAAUAUACCCGGCGGUUUCACGUGUGCAUGCCCUGAGGGCUAUAACGGCGACCCCUACCAUGGACUCUGUGCGCCAGCGCAACGUAAAUGCGCUGCCGAUAAGGAAUGUGGCACGAACGAGAAAUGCGUGCAACCUGGCGAAUGUGUCUGUCCACCACCAUUCUUCUUGGAUCCCUACGACAACAACAAGUGUAAAAGUCCUUGCGAACGUUUCCCUUGCGGCAUCAACGCCAAAUGCACACCAACCGAUCCACCACAAUGUAUGUGUGAACCGGGAUUCAAAGGUGAUCCGCUUAUGGGUUGUACCGAUGAGGAUGAGUGUGCGCACUUGCCUUGCGCUUAUGGCGCUUACUGUGUUAAUAAGAAGGGCGGUUAUCAAUGUGUCUGCCCGAAAGGUUUCACAGGUGAUCCAUACAAGAGCGGUUGUAUACUGGAAACCGGCGUACCAAAGAGUAAAUGCACUGCCAACGAAGACUGUGCAAGCAAUUUGGCUUGCGUUGAAGGCACUUGUGUGUCGCCAUGCUCCAGCUUACUUUGUGGACCCAAUGCAUUCUGUGAGACUGAAAACCAUGCCGGCUGGUGUCGUUGCCGCGUCGGUUAUAGCAAAGAUCAAAACGGUGAUUGUGUAUCACAAUGUAAGGAUAUCAUUUGUGGAGAGAGCGCUCUCUGCAUACCAACGGCAGAGGGACCAACCUGUAAAUGUCCACAAGGUUCCUUCGGCAAUCCAUUCCCAGGUGGCUCCUGCUCAACAGAUCAAUGUAGUGCCUCACGUCCAUGCGCUGAGCGUCAAGUUUGCAUCAACGGACGCUGUAAGGAACGCUGUGACGGCGUGGUGUGUGGCAUUGGAGCUACUUGUGACAGGAAUAGUGGCAAAUGUGUUUGUGAACCCAACUUUAUCGGCAAUCCAGAUCUCGUGUGUGUACCACCUGUUAAAUAUGCUGAAUGUGAACCGAAGUGCGGUGACAAUGCGCACUGUGAGUAUGGUUUCGGCAAUAGCGUAUGCGCUUGCAACCCCGGCACAACGGGCAAUCCCUACGAGGGUUGUGGUCCACAAAACAAGAAUAUUUGCGCACCCAAUAGCUGCGGUACGAAUGCUGAAUGUCGUGCUGAUGGUCAACAAAUCAGUUGUAUCUGCCCACAAGGGUUCACGGGUAACGCCUACGUGGGCUGCCAAGAUGUAGAUGAGUGUGUGAACAAACCCUGUGGUCUCAAUGCAGCCUGUCUCAAUACACAUGGCGGUUUCGAGUGUCUCUGCCUAUCCGGAUUCGCUGGUGAUCCGUUCAGCAGUUGCCAACCUGUCGAUACUACAUUCUGUAAUGAUGCUGAUAGAUGCGAAUGUAAUGCCCGCGUCGAAUGUCCCGAUGGCUACACUUGUGAGAGCGGCAAGUGCAAGAAUUUAUGCUCAAAGACUGCCUGCGGCCCAAGAGCUGCCUGCGAUGGCGGUAAGUGUAUUUGUCCACUCGGUUAUAUUGGAGAUCCAUACGACACCACUAGCGGCUGCACCAUCCGUGGUCAAUGCAACAACGAUGCCGACUGUAAGCUCUCGGAAAUUUGCUUCCAAUUGGGCAAAGGUUUGCGCAAAUGUGUUGAUGCCUGCUCAAAGAUUCAGUGCGGUCCGAAUGCGCUUUGCGUGUCAAACGAUCAUCGUUCGUCUUGUAUCUGCACUGAUGGUUAUUUCGGCAAUCCAAGCAAUCUACAAGUGGGUUGCCAACCCGAACGAAAAGUUCCAGAUGAAGAGGAUAAAUGCAAAUCGGACAAUGACUGUGAAGCGGGUUACUCGUGUACACCCGAUAUGCACGGCACCAAGGAAUGCAUCAACCGUUGCUCGAAGGUCGUUUGUGGCACGAAUGAAGUGUGCAACAUUGAUGCGAAUGGACAUGCGCUAUGCAAUUGCGCCGAUAGCUUUGUUUGGAAUCCCGUCACUUCAACUUGUGAAAAACCUUCACUGCCUGACUGUACAAGUGAUACGGACUGUCCAGCUGCUUCCGGCUGUAGACCCGACGUGGUCGGUGUACUCAAGUGUGUAUCAAUCUGCGAUGAAUUUACAUGUCCGGCCAAUUCGGUUUGUGUAGCGCGUAAUCACGAGGGACGCUGUGAUUGUCUAACCGGCUACGUUGGCAAUCCAAACGAUCGAAAUGGCUGCCAGCCAGUGACGAAGAAUCAAUGUCGCACCAAUGCUGAAUGCGCCGAAUCGGAAGCAUGUGUAAAAUAUGGACCUACUGAGAGUCUGACUUGCCGACCAGCUUGUGAGAGUGUUAAGUGCGGUCCACGUGCCGUAUGCAUCACUAAUAAUCACAUCGCUCAGUGCCAAUGUCCACCAGGACCAUAUGCUGGUGAUCCAAAUGAUCCAUUCAAUGGCUGUCAGAGCGUACCAUGUGUCUACAAUCACGACUGUCCACCAACCAAAAUGUGUAACCGUAUGACACAUACUUGCUACGAUGUCUGCGAUGAAGAGUCCUGUGGAGAGAACGCCAUUUGUAUUGCUGAAGAUCAUCGUGCCGUGUGUCAAUGUCCACCAGGCUUCAAAGGAAAUCCCAUGCCCGAAGUGGAGUGCACAAAAGUUAGCGGCUGUCAGCCCGGCACAUGUCAUCAUUCUGCCAUUUGUGAGGUCACACCAACUGGACCAAUGUGCCGCUGUCCCGAAAAUUUCAUCGGCGAACCCGAAACAACCGGCUGUCGUCCAGUAGGCCAAUGUCCAAAUGGCGAUGCCGAUUGUCCAGCAAAUACCAUUUGUGCUGGUGGUCGUUGCAUUGAUCCCUGUGAGAACGCUUGCGGUCAGAACUCCGAAUGUAAGGUGGUUAAUCGCAAACCAGUUUGCAGUUGCCCAUUGAAGUUCCAACAAAAUGGUGAAUCACCUAAAGAAGGAUGUGUACGUUCAGUGUCUAGAUGUAGGUCUGACAUCGACUGUGGAGGUGAAAUUUGCUACAAUGGACAAUGUCGAGUAGCUUGCCGUAAUGCAAACGACUGUUCGGUAGGAGAAAAAUGUUUGAGCAAUAUUUGUGUAAUACCUUGCUUGGACCAUAGUCAGUGUACAUCGGGUUUGGCCUGCUUGGAUGGCCUUUGCGUCCUUGGCUGUCGCAGCAAUAAGGAUUGCCCAUCGGACCAAUCAUGCAUCAACAAUAAAUGUGCCGAUCCCUGCAAGACAGGCGGCAUUUGCGGUCCCAAUGCGCUCUGUAGCAUCGACAAACAUCUCAGCCAGUGCACUUGCCCCGAAGGAUUCGAGGGUAAUCCCACACCCGAUCAAGGUUGUGUACGUGUACCGGCGCCAUGCUUGGCUACCAAUCAAUGCCCAAGCAGUCAUAUGUGUAUCGGCAACCAAUGUAAUUUGCCCUGUCAGAAGACAACGGCUUGUGCAAUCGGCGAACGUUGCUACCAGAAUGUUUGUCGCAAAGUUUGUUACACAAGCAACAACUGUUUGCCUGGUGAAAUAUGUAAUAAUGACGGCACUUGCCAACCUGGCUGUGACUCCGAUGCUGAUUGUCCACCUACAGAACUCUGUCUCAGCGGUAAAUGCAAAUGUGCUGCCGGUUUUAUUGGCACACCCUUCGGUUGUUCCGACAUUGAUGAAUGUACUGAGGAGCCUUGUCAUCCCACGGCACGUUGCGAGAACCUCCCCGGUUCUUAUCGCUGUAUUUGCCCCGAAGGCACAGUGGGUGAUGGUCUAACUCAACAAGGUUGCAUUAAACCAAAAGAAUGUUAUAAGGAUGACGAUUGCGCGAACAAUCUAGCUUGCAUUAGUGAUAAGUGUACAGAGCCCUGCAGCAACACCACUUGUGGACCGAAUGCGCUUUGCAAUGCAGAAAAUCAUCAAGCCUCUUGUUAUUGCCCACCCGGCCAUUUGGGUGAUGCCAGCGAGCAUACAGUCGGCUGUUUCAAGGUCGAAUGUAUUGUCAAUGAGGACUGUGCCAGCGAUAAGGCUUGCGAUGACGAGACUAAUCGUUGCAUCAAACCAUGCGAUCUUAUUUCAUGCGGCAAAGGCAGUUGUAGUGUUUCAAAUCAUCAAGCGUUAUGUACUUGCUACGAGGGUUACCAGCUCGUAAACAACAUCUGCGAAGAUAUCAACGAAUGUCUCUCUCAACCUUGCCACAGCACAGCUUUCUGCGAAAAUCAACCCGGCUCAUACCAAUGCCAAUGUCCGGAAGGUCUUAUCGGCGAUCCAAUUCAUGUGGGUUGUCGAGAUCCCAACGAAUGUCUGACCGACUCAGAUUGUCCCUCAAGCGCAAGUUGUCAAAAUGCACGCUGUCGCAGCCCGUGUGAACGCGAGAAUGUCUGCGGUCGUAAUGCCACCUGUUUGGCGCAAUCACACAAUGCCAUUUGCACUUGUCCACCCAAUUCACGUGGUGAUCCAUCCAUUGAAUGCGUCUACAUCGAGUGCUCGGAAAACGAGGACUGUGCUAAUGAGAAAACCUGCAUGGACUCCAAAUGUAUUGAUCCCUGCGCUUUGCCAAAUGUUUGUGGUACUAAUGCGCGUUGCACUGCCCAGAACCAUAUCGGUGUUUGUACCUGCGAAAGUGGCACAACGGGCGAUGCACAACUCGGCUGUGUCGCGCUACAAUACUGCAACACAGACAGUCAGUGCGCUUCAGGCACAAUAUGUACCAACGGCAUCUGCGCUUCACUCUGUAGUUCCGUGCGUGAUUGCAUCUCGGAUCAAUUGUGCAUACAGGGCGUUUGUCAGCCCACAUGCCGUUCGAACUCUUCAUGCCCCGAAUUCCAAUAUUGUCACAAUAGCAUUUGCACCAAGGAGGUGCUUUGUCGUAACGACGACGACUGUGAUGUGAAUGAGAACUGUAUACAGGAUACGUAUGGACGCGCUUCAUGCGAGAAUGUUUGUCUGGGUCGCGCUCUUUGCGGACGCAAUGCUGAGUGUAUAGCACGUAGCCACGCACCCGACUGUGAAUGCAAGGAAGGAUUCUUCGGUGAUCCGAAGAGUGGUUGUCGAAAGAUCGAAUGUUCUACGGACGCAGAGUGUUCCAAUGAUAAGACAUGCGAUGAUCAUAUGUGUAAAAUAGCUUGCCUUAUCGGCGAACCGUGUGGUGAAAAUGCCCUAUGUACUACGGAAAAUCAUAAACAGGUUUGUCACUGUCAGCCUGGCUUUACCGGUGAUCCGCGCGUACGUUGUGACGUUGUCGACUUUUGUAAGGAUGCACCAUGCGGUCCGGGUGCACGUUGCCGCAAUUCGCGUGGUUCAUUUAAAUGUACUUGCCCUCCCGGUUUGGUUGGUGAUCCCUACAAUGAAGGUUGUCGCACCGCGGUGGAGUGUGAAACUAGCGAAGAUUGUCCCCCGCAUGCUGAAUGCACCAAAAUUAACGGUAUAUCCAAAUGUCAAGAUGUUUGUGCGAAUGUUAAAUGUGGCACGAAUGCCGAAUGUAUACCUAAGGGUCAUCAAGCUCAUUGUGCAUGCCGUAAUGGUUACGACGGUAAUCCCGCUGAUCGGAUUGCCGGUUGUAAGCCACUACCCGUACCAUGUCAAAUGACCAGCGACUGCCCGACCAAUACCUACUGUUCGGAUAGUAUUUGUAAACCUGCCUGCAUACUCGACACCGAAUGUGGCGCUACGGAAGUAUGUCAAGGUGGUCAAUGCGUGAAUCCCUGCCUGCAGGCACAAGCUUGCGGCAUGAAUGCUGAAUGCCACAUACAGACACACUACAAACAAUGCACCUGUCCAGCUGGUUUCACCGGCAAUCCGGAGGUGGAAUGUGUGCGAAUACCGGUGGCUUGUAAUAGUGAUGUGGAAUGCCACGAAGGCUAUAACUGUCACGACUCAAUGUGCCAGCCCGCUUGCCAAAGCGACCAGGAUUGUGCCUUGAAUGAGAAGUGUCUACGCGGUAGCUGUAUGCUAACCUGUCGCGUGGACAAUGACUGCUUCCUGGGACAUGUUUGUCUACAUAAUAAAUGCGUUUAUGGUUGUCGUACCGACGAUGAUUGUAGCGGAUCCGAGUCCUGUCGUCAUGAUAAGUGCAUCAAUCCUUGCCUAGAUAAUCCUUGUGGUCCCAAUGCUGCCUGCUCCGUAUCGAAUCAUCGUGCUAUUUGCAGCUGUCUGGAUGGUAUGGUACCGAAUCCAACACCGCAAGUCGGUUGUGUACGCAGUCCACCGCUCGAUUGUAAUGAGAAUCGUGACUGUCCGAAUGGUCUGGCUUGCUUUGAGUUUGCCUGCCGUCCGCUGUGUGCCGAUAACGCCGGUUGUCUUACGAAUGAGCGCUGUCAAGGUGGCGUCUGCAAGCCGCUUUGUCGACGUGACGACGAUUGUCGCGGUAGCGAAGUAUGUUUGGGACUAAGCUGCGUAGCUGGUUGCCGUUCGGAUCAAGGCUGCCCACAGGAUCUAUCAUGUGUCAAUCAACAGUGUAUCAAUCCAUGCGCCGAACCUGCUGCAUGUGGCACCAAUGCCGAAUGUUUGGUCAUUGAUCAUCGCAAGCAAUGCACAUGCCCACAAGGGCUUAUCGGCAAUGCGGAGGUGUCGUGUAAAGCGCCGCGUACCGCUUGUACGCGCAAUGAGGACUGCGAUGGAAAUCAACUCUGCUAUGGUGGCAGCUGUCAAGGUAAAUGCCGCAAUGAUCAAAACUGUUUGGCCGAUGAGCGUUGCAUGCGCGGUACGUGUCGCACCGUUUGCAAUACGGACUCAGCUUGCGCACAAGGACAGAUUUGCGAAAAUCGCGUAUGCCAAAUUGGUUGUCGCAAUGAUCUCACCUGCCCCAGCAGUGAGGCGUGCGUCAACAAGAAGUGCAAGAAUCCCUGCGAGGCACCCGGUCAAUGUGGUCAGUGCGCCAACUGUUUGGUGGUCAACCACGGGGUACAGUGUAGCUGCCCGAAUGGUUUUCUUGGCGAUGGACUUAGCGGCUGUCAACAGCCACCACAACGCUGCAACGCCAACUGUCAGUGUGACGAGACAAAUACGUACUGCGCCGACGCCUGUGCGCGCACCGACGACUGCGCCUGUGGACAAGUUUGCACGCGUGGUAAAUGUCGCCAAAAGUGCGGCGCCGGACGCAAUUGUCCUCUGGGACAACUCUGCGAACGCGGCACAUGUCUGGCUGGCUGCAAAGCCAACACCGAUUGUCCCACCGAUCAAAGCUGUAUCAAAGGAAAAUGCGCCGAUCCGUGCACAGAUAAGUCUGCUUGCGGCCGUAAUGCGCUCUGCACUGUCUCCGAUCAUCGCAUGCUGUGUUAUUGUCCCGAUGGCUACGAAGGUGAACCCAGCACCGAAUGCGUACAAUUUGAAUGUGCGCAGGAUAAUGACUGUGAACCGAACAAACGUUGUGAUGCGGGUAAAUGUCGCAACCCGUGCUUGGAAUAUGGCGCGUGUGGUGUUAAUGCACAAUGUCGUGUCGUGGAUCGUAAGCCACAAUGCUCUUGCCCACCCGAUUACUUUGGCACACCCGAAACUGAGUGUCGUCCACUCGAUGGCGGUUGCGCGAAUCAUCCGUGCGGCGCUAAUUCCAAAUGUACUGAGGUGCCUGGCGGUUAUGAGUGCGCCUGCAUGGACGGCUGUAUGGGUGAUGCGCACAAGGGUUGCGUCUGCGAGGGACAUCUGGUGAAUGCGUGCGCUGAACAACCAUGUGGACAGAAUGCUGCUUGCCGCGUCUUGGAUCAUAAUGAAGCGCAAUGUUAUUGCCCGGCGGAAUUCCCCUAUGGCGAUGCUUAUGUAGAAUGCUACUUAACACCACCACAAGAGGACUGUCGCACGCAGGGUUGCAUAACGGGCGAGUGUGUACGCCAAGGCGUCGACUACGUGUGCCGUCACGAAAUCGGCUGCGCUUCGAGCGAUGAAUGCCCAACACAACGCGCCUGCAUUAAUGGCGUGUGCUUGGAUCCCUGCUCGUCUGCGAAUCCAUGUGGACGUGAUCAGGAGUGCCAAGUGAUAGAACAUCAACCGGUUUGUUCGAAAGUCUGCGAAUGUCAAAGAAAGGCCGAUUGUCAUGCCAGUUUCGAAUGCGAUGGCUGUCACUGUCGUCAAACAACUGGCCGCACACCUGGCUGUGAGCACUGCCCACCAGGCACCAACUGUGAUCCCACAACUGGCGCCUGCAUCAAAGCUGAGUGUACGCGCGAUGCCGAUUGUGACAUUACGGAGGCUUGCAUCAACCGACGCUGUCAGCAUCCUUGCGAUGCGCAUAAUCCCUGUGCGCAAAAUGCGGUCUGCAUGAACGCGAAUCACGCGGCCGACUGCAGCUGUGUGGAUGGCUAUCAAGGCAACGGUUUCAUUGGCUGCCAACCAGCGCUCGACCACACACCCGUCUGUCAGUACAACGAGGACUGCCCGCCAACGAAACUCUGCGAUCGUCUAAAUCGCCGUUGCAUCAAUCCCUGCUUCGAGGACUCGUGCGGUGAGAAUGCCGAGUGUAUACCUGUCAAUCAUGGCAUUGAAUGCCGCUGUCUGGCCGGCUUCGUCGGUAAUGCUUACAUCGAAUGCUCGCAGCUGCAAGGCUGUCGUGCGGAUCGCGAAUGUGACGCUAGUCAGGCGUGCAUUAAUGGUAAAUGCGCUUCGCCGUGUCGCUGUGGCGCCAAUGCGCUCUGUGACGUUGUCAAUCAUCGCGGUGUCUGCAAAUGUCCACCAGGUUAUGCCGGUCGGCCGGAAGUUGCUUGUAAUCCACCCACCAAUCCAUGUGAGCCGAACCCGUGUGGUAUCAACGCGCUAUGUGAGCUGGAUAAUGGCAAUCCUAUAUGUUACUGCCCGAAAGGACUUACCGGUAAUCCGUUCAAGAAUUGCAUACCCGAAGGCGACGAGUGUCGUCCGAAUCCUUGUGGCCCCAAUUCUGGUUGUCGCAUGGUGAACGACGCGCCAACUUGCUUCUGUUUACCCGAAUAUGAAGGUCAGCCGCCGCUGGUGCCGUGUGAGGUGCCAAAGAGCCCUUGUGAUCCAUCACCUUGUGGACCGAAUACACAAUGCGCUGUGCUCAGCAACGGUUUCUCGAAAUGUACAUGCUUACCGGGUUAUGUUGAAAGUCCCAACACAAUACGCGGUUGCAUAGAACCUGUAAAUCCAUGUGAUCCCAGUCCUUGCGGUCCGGGUGCAGUUUGUGAUUCCUCACGUACACCAGUUUGUUUCUGCCCAGAUGGCAAGAUUGGCAAUCCAUUUAAGGCUUGUGAAAAACCACCAGUUUCCGAUGAGCUAUGCACACCAGGUCCAUGUGGACGUAAUGCUGAUUGUUAUGUUACUGGCAAUCGCGAAGAAUGUUAUUGCCGUUCUGGUUAUAUUGGUGAUCCUUAUCAGGGUUGCCGCGAGCCACCUCGUAGCGCCUGUGAACCUAAUCCAUGUGGUCCAAAUGCUGAAUGUGUUGUUGCUGGUGAUGGUCAAAGUGCAUGCAUCUGUCCUGAUGGUUUAUCUGGAGAUCCGACGUCAACUAAAGGCUGCCAUGGCUACGAAUGUCAAGUGGAUGCCGAUUGUCCGCACAAUAGAGCCUGUAUGGGUUUCAAGUGUUACGAUCCUUGUCCAGGUGCUUGCGGUCAAGGAGCCAAUUGCCGCGUGGAAGAACAUCAUCCCGUUUGCUCAUGCAAUGCUGGACUCACUGGUAAUCCGGGCAUUCGUUGUUACGCGCUAGAUAUACCGAAGACGCCAAGCCGUAAUCCCUGUUUGCCUAGUCCUUGUGGUAUAAAUAGUGAAUGCAAGUUAUUAAAUCAUCGCGCCGUAUGCUCUUGCUUGCCUGGUUAUUUGGGUGAUCCACAGAGUGGUUGUCGCGCAGAGUGUGACAUCAAUUCAGACUGCGGCACCGCACAGGCUUGUAUCAACCAUAAAUGUAUCGACCCAUGUGCUGGCACAGUGUGUGGCAUCAAUGCUAUUUGCAGAGUACGACAACACACACCGCUCUGUGCCUGCCUCGACGGCUUCACCGGCGAUGCUUUCCGUCAAUGUAUACCUGUUGGAGUGCUAAAGAAUGUAACUCGAGAUCCAUGUGCACCAUCUCCUUGUGGACCACAUGAUGUCUGCUCUAUAUACGGUGAUGGUGUAGCCCUGUGUGAUCCAUGCUUUGGACCCAAUGCUCAACAAAAUCCACGUUGCCGACCUGAAUGUGUCUCUAACUCAGACUGUCCCUUCGAUCGCGCUUGCUUGGGUCAACGCUGCUUGGAUCCAUGCCCAGGCUCAUGCGGACACAACGCUGUAUGUAAUGUCUAUGAACACAAUCCCAUUUGUAGUUGCCCACCUGGCUUAUAUGGCAAUCCAUAUGAGCACUGUUCACCACCAUCACCGUUCGUACCGGCGCCAUCGCCGAGUUGUGAGAAACUGCAAUGUGGCGCUAAUGCUGAAUGUAAGAAGCGCAACGGCGCAUUAACUUGUGUCUGUCGUACGGGCUACUUUGGUGAUCCUUUCAUCGGUUGCCGCCCAGAAUGUGUGCUUAACUCCGAUUGUCCUGCUGAAAAAUCCUGCGUCAACUCGAAAUGUGUAGACUCAUGUGUAGGCGUAUGUGGCAUUAACGCUAUGUGUCGCAUAGUAAAUCAUGCUCCUGUGUGCUUGUGUGUCGAAGGUUACACUGGUGACGCUGCUGUACAAUGCAAUCCUUACUACUUACCACCAGAAAGACCAGCAGACAGACCACGUAAUCCAUGUGAACCAUCACCAUGUGGUCCCAAUUCUCGUUGCUUGACCUCACCCGAUGGUUAUGCGGCCUGUUCAUGUCUGCCGAACUUCAAGGGUUCACCGCCAGUUUGUCAACCAGAGUGUGUUGUAAGCUCUGAGUGUCCGCUAAACAAAGCUUGUAUUAAUCAACGUUGCGCCGAUCCUUGUCCUGGUACAUGCGGCGUAGAAGCACGUUGCGAAGUCUUAAACCACAACCCAAUUUGCUCUUGCGAGCCCGGUUUUGAGGGCGAUCCAUUUGUAUCUUGUAGCCGCAUACCGGAGGAACGUACGGACACUGAACGCAAACCCGAAAAUCCAUGUGCACCGUCGCCUUGUGGACCCAAUUCCAUCUGCCAAAUAAAACAGGGACGUCCAGUAUGUUCAUGUGUUGCCAAUUAUAUUGGCAGUCCACCAUAUUGUCGUCCAGAAUGUACACUAAAUACUGAAUGUCCAGCCGACAAGGCGUGUAUACAGGAGAAAUGUCAAAACCCAUGUGCGAAUACAUGUGGACACAAUGCACGUUGCACGGUGAUCGCACAUGCGGCGCACUGUAGCUGCGAACAGGGUUAUGAGGGAGACGCCUUCGUCGGUUGUUCCAAAAUCGAUGAAAAACCAAAAGACCGCAUCGAUCCCUGUUAUCCAAGCCCCUGCGGUGAGAAUGCAUUGUGUAGUGAACGUAACGGCGAGGCACGCUGUAGCUGUAUUGAACCAUAUAUUGGUGAUCCCUACACCACCGGUUGUCGUCCGGAAUGUGUUUAUAAUGCCGAGUGUCCAUCGUCUUUGGCUUGUAUUAAACAGCAUUGUCGCGACCCCUGCGUUGGCACCUGUGGCUCGAAUGCCGAGUGUGCUGUGGUCAAUCAUAUACCGACAUGUAGUUGUGUACGUGGCUACGAAGGUGAUCCCUUUACCGGCUGCAAACGUGAAGAUUACCCCAUCGGACCACUCAGCCCUUGCGAACCGACACCGUGCGGUGCCAAUAGUAUUUGUCGCGUGGUUGAUGGUCGCCCAGCCUGCUCUUGCCAAGUAGGUUACUUCGGUGCACCACCCAACUGUCGUCCGGAAUGUGUUGUCAGCUCAGAGUGUUCACAAAAUUUGGCAUGUAUCAAUCAAAAGUGCGUAGAUCCUUGUAUCGGCACAUGUGGCUUCAAUGCCAAAUGCCAGGUGGUCAAUCACAAUCCAAUAUGCUCAUGUCCAGUCGACUAUAUGGGUGAUCCGUUCGAACAAUGUACACCGAAACCGCGCGAACCUCCACCAAAGGUUAAUCCAUGUUUACCCAGCCCUUGCGGUCCUAAUGCCGAGUGUCGGGAAGUCGAUAAUCGUGCUGCUUGCAGUUGCUCGCCGGGUAUGUUUGGUGCACCGCCCAAUUGUCGUCCGGAAUGUGUUAUCCAUCAAGAUUGUCCAUCGAAUCGCGCUUGCAUACGUCAACGUUGUGAGGAUCCUUGUGCUGGCGCUUGCGGUUUUAAUGCCCUUUGCACAGCACAAAAUCACAAGCCUGUGUGUUCGUGUCUCGAGGGUUACGAAGGUGACCCGUAUGCUGGUUGCAAUACACCGCAAAUCGUAGUGCCUGACAUACCCGCCGAUCCAUGCAAUCCAUCGCCUUGCGGCUCAAAUGCCAUUUGCCGAAAUCGCAAUGGUGCUGGUUCAUGCACCUGCAUUCAAGAUUACUUCGGUGAUCCGUAUAUAAAUUGUAGACCCGAGUGCGUACAGAAUAGCGAUUGUGUGUUCACGAAAUCUUGUGUAAAUAUGAAAUGCGUCGAUCCAUGUAUAGGUCUGUGUGGUUUCAAUGCGGAAUGUCGCGUUUCGCAUCAUAUACCGGUUUGCACUUGCAUAUCCGGCUUUACGGGCAACCCAAUGCGUAGCUGCCAGGAGAAACCAUCAAAUAUGUAUUUGCCCAUACCCCGUGAUCCUUGUCGUCCCUCACCAUGUGGUGUGUACAGUACUUGCCGUGUGGCAAGUAAUCGCGCCGUUUGUUCUUGUCUACCCAACUAUAUGGGUCAUCCACCGAAUUGCAGACCAGAGUGCAUGCUCAGUUCUGAAUGCGCUUCGAACCGGGCUUGUAUUAAUAUGCGUUGUCAAGAUCCAUGUCCCGGCACGUGUGGUCAGAAUGCACGUUGCCGCGUUACCAACCACUCACCGAUUUGUAGCUGUAUUGAUGGUUAUACUGGCGAUCCAUUCCAGCAAUGUCUACCUGAAAGAAAACCAUUAGAUACGCCACGUUUACCACCACAAAAUCCUUGUAUACCCAGCCCUUGUGGCCCGAAUUCACAAUGUCGCGCUUCCAGCUCCGGUGCUGUUUGCUCGUGUGUGGCCAAUUACAUUGGUCGUCCACCGAACUGUCGCCCGGAAUGUACAAUCAAUUCGGAGUGCCCUGCGCAUUUGGCUUGUAUGAAUACACGUUGUGCCGAUCCCUGUGUGGGUUCGUGCGGCAACAAUGCACGCUGUCAAGUCAGUGCGCAUGCGCCGAUUUGUAUGUGCGAACCGGGUUAUACCGGCGAUCCGUUCUCUGGCUGCUACAAAGUCAUACCAAUACCCGAUGAACCAGUUCAACCAUGUCGACCCAGUCCAUGUGGCUUGAAUGCCAUUUGUGAGGAGCGCAAUCGCGCGGCCUCAUGCAAAUGCAUACCCGAAUAUUUUGGCGAUCCAUAUGUUGAAUGUCGACCGGAGUGUGUCAUUAAUUCGGAUUGUCCGAAGGCACGCGCCUGCAUCAACAACAAAUGUAUCGAUCCCUGUCCGGGUAUGUGUGGGCGUAAUGCCGAAUGCGUCGUCCUUAACCAUGCACCGAACUGCGAAUGCUUUAACGGCUACACUGGAAAUCCCAUCAGCGGUUGCUCACCCAUACCAGAGCCACCACCGCAAUAUGAACCUCCGGUACCUGUCAACCCUUGUCAGCCAUCGCCUUGUGGGCUGUAUAGCAAUUGCCGACCUGUCAAUGGCCACGCAGUGUGCUCAUGUUUACCGAACUAUUUGGGUGCACCACCCAACUGUCGUCCGGAAUGUAUGAGCAGCUCUGAUUGCGCACAAGACAAGUCGUGCACCAAUGAACGUUGUAAAGAUCCCUGCCCCGGUACUUGUGGAAAUAAUGCGCUUUGUCGCGUCGUCAAUCACAAUCCGAUUUGCUCGUGCACACCUGGUUACACUGGUGACCCAUUUGUACGCUGCAUCUACGAAGAGAAACGUCCUAUUAUAAGAGAUCCCAUAAAUCCAUGUGUACCAUCGCCGUGCGGUCCGAAUUCCAAGUGUCAAGUGUCGAAUGCAAACGGUCAAGCUGUGUGCUCGUGUCUGCCCAAUUACAUCGGCAGAGCACCGAAUUGCCGACCCGAAUGCACGUCGAAUUCGGAGUGUCGCGGUAAUAUGGCUUGCAUCAAUCAACGCUGUCAAGAUCCUUGCCAAGGUUCAUGUGGCUCAUAUACGACAUGUAUUGUAAAUAAUCAUAGACCAAUUUGCCGCUGCUUGGAUGGUUAUACGGGUGAUCCUUUUUCAGGAUGUAGUCCUCAAAUUAAUAUACCGCCAGAAAUUCCAAUGCCUUGCAAUCCCAGCCCUUGCGGUGCUAAUGCUGUGUGCAAGGAACGAAACGGCGUUGGCGCUUGUACCUGCUUGCCUGAGUACUCUGGAGAUCCAUACACGGAAUGCCGUCCCGAAUGUGUGUUGAAUACCGACUGCCCGAAGAAUCUCGCUUGUAUGAACAACAAAUGUCGCGAUCCAUGUCCAGGAGUAUGCGGCGUUGGUGCCGAAUGUCACGUAAUUAAUCACGCGCCCAGCUGUAGUUGUCCAUCGGGUUAUACGGGUAACCCCUCGGAAUAUUGUCGCGAACAACCAAAACACAUCGAACCCGCGCAGCCUUGCCGUCCUUCGCCAUGUGGCCCUUACAGCCAAUGUCGUGAAGUGAACGGACAUGCAGUCUGUUCGUGCAUUACCAAUUACAUUGGUGCACCGCCGUCUUGUCGCCCCGAAUGCUCGGUUAGUUCCGAGUGUGCGCAGGACAAGGCUUGUGUGAAUUUGCGCUGUGUAGACCCAUGUCCGGGCACUUGCGGCAACGAAGCACGCUGUAAGGUCACAAACCAUAAUCCGAUUUGUACAUGUCCACCUGGCUACUCAGGAGAUCCUUUCAUACGUUGCUUGAUCAAAGAACAAGAGGAACCACGCUUGCCUACAAGACCAACCAACCCUUGUGUUCCAAGUCCAUGUGGACCGAACUCACAAUGUCGCGCUGUUGGCGAAACGCCAGUCUGUUCAUGCUUACCGAACUUUGUAGGACGUGCACCGAAUUGCCGUCCCGAAUGUACGCUCAACUCGGAAUGUCCGGCCAAUUUGGCUUGCAUAAAUGAGCGUUGUAAAGAUCCCUGCCCUGGCUCUUGUGGUUUCAAUGCCUUCUGUAAUGUCGUAAAUCAUUCACCAGUGUGCAGUUGUGAUACUGGCUUUACCGGCGAUCCUUUCGCAGGUUGCAAUCCAACGCCCACCGCUGUACCCGAGGAACGUCUUACACCCUGUAUUCCAUCACCUUGCGGUCCCAACGCCGAAUGUAGAGAGCGCAACGGCGCUGGUUCGUGCGUUUGCCUGCCCGAAUACUUUGGAGAUCCGUAUAGUGGUUGCCGUCCUGAAUGUAUUGCCAACUCCGAUUGCCCGCGUGACAAAUCGUGUGUAAACAACAAAUGCACAGAUCCCUGCCCAGGUGUUUGCGGCUUGAAUGCGGAAUGUCGAGUGAAUAAUCAUGCGCCAACAUGUCAUUGCCUACAGGGUUACACGGGUAACCCACUAAGCGCUUGCCGUGAAAUACCACAACUACCGCCAGCACCAACCCCGAAAGACACUAAUCCUUGCGUACCGUCACCAUGUGGUCCCUACAGUCAAUGCCGCGAGGUGAAUGGCCAUGCUGUUUGCUCCUGCCAGACAAAUUUCAUUGGUUCACCGCCGAAUUGCAAACCCGAAUGUAUUGUUUCCUCAGACUGCGCACAAAAUCUUGCAUGCCAAAAUCAGAAAUGUGUUGAUCCCUGCCCUGGUACUUGUGGCAGUGACGCGCGCUGUCAAGUCAUUAAUCAUUAUGCGGCGUGCUCUUGCCCACCCGGUUAUACCGGCGAUCCCUUCAGUAGAUGUAUUAAAAUUAAACUGGACGUGCCAGUACCAAAGCCUGGUAAUCCUUGUGUACCUUCACCAUGUGGACCCAACUCGAAAUGUGUCGAAGUUGGCGAUUCACCUGCAUGCUCCUGUUUGCCUAACUACUUGGGGCGACCACCUAAUUGCCGUCCCGAGUGUCUAAGUAGUUCAGACUGUCCAGCUGAUUUAGCUUGUACUAAUCAGAAAUGUACAAAUCCUUGUAUCGGCGCUUGCGGUGUACAUACACAAUGUACAGUUAUUAAACACAAUCCGACGUGCCAAUGUGAAAUCGGCUAUACUGGAGAUCCUUUCUCCGGUUGUGCCAUUGUAAAAAUGACUCCAACAGAGGCACCACGCAAUCCAUGCAAUCCCAGUCCCUGCGGUGCAAACGCAGUUUGUCGUGAGCGUAAUGGUGCUGGUUCUUGCUCAUGUUUGCCUGAAUACUUUGGUGAUCCGUAUAGCGGCUGCCGCCCAGAAUGUGUACAAAAUUCGGACUGCGAUCGUUCACGUGCUUGCAUCAAUAAUAAAUGCCAAGAUCCAUGUCCCGGUGUAUGUGGCAUUAAUGCCGAAUGUCGUGUCUUGAAUCAUGCGCCGAAUUGUAUGUGCUUCGAUGGUUACACCGGUGAUCCACAUCGUUCGUGCGCUGUAAUCGAAGUAACAACGCUGACACCGCUGAAUCCAUGCCAACCGUCGCCAUGUGGUCCCUAUAGUGAAUGCCGUGAAUCUAAUGGACAUGCUGUGUGCUCUUGCGUCGAUGGUUUUGUGGGCGCACCACCAUCUUGUAAGCCGGAAUGUGUUGUUAGUUCGGAGUGUCCACAGAAUAGGGCUUGUUUGAAUCAGAAGUGUGCGGACCCAUGUCGUGGCGCGUGCGGCAACAAUGCACGCUGUCAAGUGGUUAAUCAUAAUCCUAUUUGUACGUGUGCGCCUGGUUUAACUGGCGAUCCGUUCACAUCAUGCAUUGAAGAGAAAGAAACAGUACGUGAUCCACAAAAUCCAUGCGUACCUUCACCAUGUGGUCCCAACUCUUUGUGUCGUGAAAUUGGCGGACAAGCCGCCUGCUCAUGCCAAACGAACUAUGUGGGUCGUCCACCAAACUGCCGUCCGGAAUGCACGAACAAUGAUGAAUGUCCAAAUAAUCUGUCAUGUCAAAAUGAACGUUGCGUCGAUCCUUGUCCCGGCUCUUGCGGCAACAAUGCUUUCUGCAAAGUGGUGCAACAUAAUGCCAUCUGCUCAUGUACCGAUGGUUAUGAAGGCGAUCCAAUAUUGGGUUGCGAUCUAAUACAACCAGUACUGCCAAAACAACCUCCCACAUCGCCCUGUGAGCCUUCGCCCUGCGGUCCGCAUGCCGAGUGCAGAGAGCGUAAUGGCGCUGGCGCUUGUUAUUGUCAUGAGGGCUUCGAGGGUAAUCCUUACGAUGUAGAACGCGGUUGUCGACGAGAAUGUGAAGCUAAUGAUGACUGUUCAACAGCCCAAGCAUGUGUGCGCUUCAAAUGUGUUGACCCGUGCGAGAACAUUUGUGGUGAAUUUGCCAUUUGCUCAGUAGAUAAUCAUGUGCCGACAUGCAACUGCCCACCUGGUUAUAGUGGAGAUCCAUUCUUCCAAUGCAGACAGAUACCAGUUACACCGCCACCGCCAAUCAAUCCAUGCGUACCAUCACCUUGUGGACCAAAUAGUAUCUGCCGUAGCAUAAACGACCAAGCUGUCUGCUCAUGUAAAUCUGGUUUCAUCAAUCAACCACCCAAUUGCCGCCCUGAGUGUGUGGUCAGUUCGGAGUGUGCGCCAGAACGCGCAUGUGUAAACAACAAAUGUGUUGAUCCAUGCUUACAUACUUGCGGCAUACGAGCUAUCUGCACAACGAAGAAUCAUAGCCCCAUCUGUACUUGCCCACGUGGCAUGACCGGUGAUCCAUUUGUACAAUGUUCGAAAAUACCAAUUAUUCACGAUAUUGAACCAACAGAACGUCCACCAUCCUGUGUACCAUCGCCUUGCGGUCCAAAUUCAAAAUGUCAAAUUGUCGGUGGUAGUCCGGCUUGCUCUUGUCUACAAGAUUUCAUCGGCGCGCCACCAAACUGUCGUCCAGAGUGUGUACUCAACUCUGAAUGCGGUCCAACUGAAGCUUGCAUCAAUCAAAAGUGCCGAGAUCCAUGUCCAGGCUCAUGUGGCUUUGAAGCCAAAUGUCAUGUCCUCAAUCAUGUACCAAUUUGCAAUUGUAUUGACGGUUACAACGGCGAUCCAUUUAUACGUUGCAGUCCCAUACCACCAGUAACGGAAACACCAAAAACACCAAACGAUCCUUGCGAUCCAAAUCCGUGCGGACCAAAUGCAGAUUGCUUCAAUGGCGAAUGCCGCUGUCAAGACAAUUAUCAAGGCAAUCCCUAUGAUGGCUGCCGUCCGGAAUGUACACUUUCUGCUGAUUGUGCACGCGAUAAAGCUUGCAUGCGUAACAAAUGUGUGGACCCAUGUCCUGGCACCUGUGGCAUUAAUGCCGUUUGUGAAGUACUCAACCAUAUACCAAUUUGUUCAUGUGUUUCUGACUACGAGGGUGAUCCGUUUAGUAGCUGCAAGCCUAAAGUUGUAAUUGAACGGCCAGAACAGGUUUGUUCACCAUCACCAUGCGGCGCCAACAGUCAGUGUCGCGAUAUCAACGGUCAUGCUGUGUGCUCUUGUUUAGAUGGAUACAUCGGCAGCCCACCACAAUGUCGCCCUGAAUGUGUAGUGUCUAGUGAGUGCUCAGCACUGCAAGCUUGUGUUAACAAAAAGUGUACUGAUCCAUGUGCGGGCUCUUGCGGCAUUGACGCACGUUGUGAAGUCAUCAAUCAUAGCCCAAUUUGUGGUUGCCCGCCCGGUAAAACUGGCGAUCCAUUCAAACGUUGUCUAGAUUUACCACCACCUGAACCACCGAGAGAACGAGAUCCAGGCACACCACGUGAUCCUUGCGUACCAUCGCCAUGCGGUCCCAAUUCCAUUUGCAAGGCUAGUGCUAGCGGACCUUCAUGCCAGUGCUUGCCAGAGUUCUUCGGCUCACCACCAAAUUGUCGCCCUGAGUGCAUAAUCAACCCAGAUUGUCCAUCCAGUCAAGCAUGUAUCAACAAUAAAUGCCGUGAUCCAUGUCCAGGUUCUUGCGGAACCAAUGCUGAAUGUCGCGUUAUUAGUCAUACUGUUUCCUGCUCAUGUCCCACCGGCUUUGCGGGUAAUGCUUUCGUACAAUGCAUCCCAGCUAUUGAAGAGCCUGUCAAACCAUGCGAACCCUCGCCAUGCGGUCCUAAUGCCGAAUGUAUUGAGCGAAACGGAGCAGCUUCAUGCAAAUGUAUUGACGAUUAUCAAGGCAAUCCUUACGACGGUUGUCGACCCGAAUGUGUACUCAGCUCCGACUGCCCAACAGAUAAGGCUUGCAUACGCAACAAAUGUAAAGAUCCUUGUCCUGGCAUAUGUGGCUCCAAUGCGCAAUGCUAUGCCGUUAAUCAUGUUCCGAACUGUGUUUGUAAUGAUGGUUACACUGGCGAUCCAUUCUCCAACUGUCAACGCCAAGUUACGCCAAUUCCGCCACCACCACAAGGCAAUCCAUGUCAACCAUCGCCUUGUGGACCGAACAGCAAAUGUCGCGUAUCGAAUAGCCUUGCUGUCUGUUCUUGUUUGGAUACAUUUAUUGGUGCACCACCAAAUUGUAAACCAGAAUGCACAGUCAACACAGAAUGUCCACAAAACAAGGCAUGCCAUAACUUUAGAUGCGCCAAUCCUUGUGCUGGCACAUGCGGCGUGGAUGCAAAAUGUGAAGUCAUCAAUCACAAUCCGAUUUGCAGUUGUCCACUAGAUAUGACUGGCGAUCCAUUCUCGCGUUGCUAUCCAGCACCACUACCCGCACCGAAAGACGAGCCUAAGACACCAAAGAAUCCAUGCUUCCCAUCACCGUGUGGCUUAUACGCGGAGUGUCGUGCCAUUGGCGAUCAGCCAUCUUGUUCAUGCCUGUCAAAUUACAUUGGUGUGCCACCAAAUUGCCGACCCGAAUGUGUCGUCAACACAGAUUGCCCAUCGGACAGAUCUUGCAUAGCAGAGAAAUGCCGUAAUCCAUGCGAAGGCACGUGUGGCAUCAACUCCGAGUGCCGUAUACAAAAUCAUCUAGCCAUCUGCACUUGCCGCACUGGCUACACCGGCGAUCCAUUCUCACAAUGCGUAGAAAUCAUCGAAGUCAAGACACCGCCCACAGUUUCAACGGAUCCUUGUGAUCUGCAACCAUGUGGCGCCAACGCUGAAUGCGACAAUGGCAUCUGCACUUGCAUACGCGACUAUCAAGGUGACCCGUACGUAGGAUGUCGCCCCGAAUGUACGCUCAGCACGGACUGUUCACCUAAUCGUGCUUGUCUCAAUAAGAAAUGUGUCGAUCCUUGUCCGGGCACUUGUGGCCAGAAUGCUCAAUGUGACGUUAGCAAUCAUAUACCAAUAUGCAGCUGUGCAAAGGGUUACACCGGCGAUCCGUUCAUCAACUGUCAUCCUGAGAUACGUGAACCAACACCCAAAGAUCCAUGUCAACCAAAUCCGUGCGGCCCGAACAGUAUUUGUCAAACAACCGCACAAGGUGCUGUCUGCGCCUGUCAGCCAGGCAUGUUGGGCUCACCACCCACCUGCAAGCCAGAAUGUAUAGUCAGCUCCGAGUGUUCACUACAAACCGCAUGCAUACAAAAGAAAUGUGUCGAUCCAUGUCCAGGCGCAUGUGGUCAAUUCGCCAGAUGUCAAGUAAUCAAUCAUAAUCCGAUUUGCACAUGCAAUGCUGGCUAUACUGGCGAUCCGUUUACACGUUGUUACGAAGAAGAACGUCUCGUUGAGCCACCUACAAAUCCUUGCGUACCAUCACCAUGUGGCCCGAACUCGGAAUGUAAGAUUGUCGGCGAUAGUCCCGCCUGCUCAUGUGCGGUCAGCUUUUUGGGAAAACCACCAAAUUGUCGCCCAGAAUGUACCAUCAAUCCGGAAUGUUCGCCUUCGAAGGCAUGUAUACGUCAGAAAUGUGAAGACCCAUGUGUGGGUUCGUGUGGCUUCAACGCGCGUUGCAAUGUGGCCAAUCAUAUGCCGAUUUGCACUUGUGAAGUGGGAUAUACUGGUGAUCCGUUCACCGGCUGCCAGCCUGUACAAGAGCGUAUCGUACACGAACAAGUUACACCGUGCGAGCCGAAUCCUUGCGGCUCGAAUGCAAUUUGUCGCGAUCGUAACGGCAUUGGCUCGUGUCAAUGUCUACCCGACUACUUUGGCGAUCCGUAUCAAUCGUGUCGACCCGAAUGUGUACGCAAUUCAGAUUGUCCGACACAGCAGGCGUGCACACAACAGAAAUGCCGCGAUCCAUGUCCGGGCACAUGUGGCACGAACGCUGAAUGCAGCGUCACGAAUCAUGUGCCGACAUGUAUGUGCCGCAUCGGUUAUACGGGCGAUCCGUAUCGUUAUUGUCAUGUGGAGCCGCCAGCACCGAUACGUCAAGAGCCACCUACAAACCCUUGUCAACCUUCACCUUGCGGUCCGAAUUCACAGUGUCGCGAACUUAAUGGUCAGGCGGUGUGUUCAUGUUUGGAACGUUAUAUCGGCGUACCGCCAAAUUGUCGUCCGGAAUGUGUGCUUAGCACUGAAUGUGCCUAUGAUAAGGCAUGCAUCAAUCAACGUUGUCAGGAUCCUUGUCCCGGCACUUGUGGCACGAAUGCAGAAUGCCGCGUGCGCAAUCAUAGUCCGUUGUGUCAGUGCCGCAACGGUUUUACCGGUGAUGCUUUCACACGUUGUUAUCCCAUACCACCUGCCCCACCAGCCAUUUCACACGUCGAGCGCGAUCCUUGUGUACCCUCGCCCUGCGGUCCGUAUAGUGAGUGUCGCAACAUCAACGGCGUACCAUCCUGUUCCUGUCUGCAGAGUUAUAUUGGCGCGCCACCAAAUUGUCAUCCGGAGUGUACCAUCAGCGCUGAGUGUCCUUCGAAUAGAGCUUGCAUACGUGAAAAAUGUAUCGAUCCUUGUCCGGGCUCUUGCGGCUUUUCCGCAGAGUGUAGUGUUGUCAAUCAUACACCGAUUUGCACAUGUCCCAAUGGUUAUACGGGCGAUCCAUUCAGCAACUGCCGUCCCUUACCACCAGAACCUAUUAUCAAUGAACCUGUCGAUCCAUGUCAUCCUUCGCCGUGUGGCGCAAAUGCUCAAUGCAACAAUGGCAUUUGUACUUGUCUGCCAGAAUAUCAUGGUGAUCCGUACACAGGCUGUCGUCCAGAAUGUGUCUUGAAUACGGACUGUCCACGUGAUAAGGCGUGCUUGCGCAGCAAAUGUGCUAAUCCAUGUCCAGGCACUUGUGGCGAAAACGCCAUUUGUGAUGUUAUAAACCAUAUACCUAUGUGCAGAUGCCCCGAUGGUACUGUCGGAAGUGCAUUCAUUCGUUGUAGUCCGGCGCCAAAAAUCGUAAAUACAAACCCUUGCCAUCCUUCGCCGUGUGGACCAAACUCACAAUGUCGUGAGGUCAACCAACAAGCAGUUUGUUCUUGUCUGCCAAACUUCAUAGGUAGUCCACCAACUUGCCGUCCUGAGUGUGUAUCGAAUUCCGAUUGUGCACCUACACAGGCUUGCCUUAAUCAAAAAUGUGGUGAUCCAUGCCCUGGUACUUGCGGUAUCGGUGCCAAAUGUACUGUUGUCAAUCACAGCCCAUUCUGCACGUGUCCACCUCGUUUCAGCGGUAAUCCGUUCAUUCGCUGUCAACCGAUAAUUGAACCACCACGCGACGUUGUGCCAACAGAUCCUUGUCGUCCAUCACCAUGCGGACCAUAUGCUCAGUGUCGCCCCAUUGGCGAAGCGCCAUCGUGCUCAUGUCUUGAAUCUUAUAUAGGUCGUCCACCUAAUUGUCGUCCAGAAUGUGUCACGAGCUCUGAUUGUGCCAGCAGCUUGGCUUGUAUAAAUCAGAAAUGUGUUGAUCCAUGUCCGGGUCGUUGUGGCGUCAAUGCGGAAUGCCGUGUGGUUAGCCAUGCAGUACAAUGUACUUGUGUGGUCGGCUAUACUGGCGAUCCGUUUGUGCAAUGUAAUCUACCACCCGAGCGAGAUGCGGUCGAGGUACGCACACCCUGCAGUCCGAGCCCAUGUGGCCCCAAUGCAGUUUGUCGCGAACGUAAUGGCGCUGGUUCAUGCGCUUGUUUGCCUGAAUAUUUCGGUAACCCCUACGAGGGUUGUCGGCCCGAAUGCGUAAUGAAUUCCGACUGCCCAUCGAAUAAGGCAUGCCAACAGCAGAAGUGCCAGGAUCCUUGUCCGGGUACUUGUGGUCAGAAUGCCGAUUGCCAAGUUGUCAAUCAUUUGCCUUCUUGUACAUGCAUUACGGGCUACACGGGUGAUCCAUAUCGCGUGUGCACUCGACCAAUUGAACCUUUACGUACGGAAUACGUAAACCCAUGUCAACCAUCGCCAUGCGGACCAAACUCUCAAUGUCGCGAAUCAAAUGAUGUGGCUGUGUGCUCUUGUCUACCAGAAUUUAUUGGUACACCACCCGCUUGUCGUCCCGAGUGCACAAUUUCGUCAGAAUGCGCCACAGAUAGGGCUUGCAUCAAUCAGAAGUGCGUAGAUCCAUGCGCUGCUGACCCCUGUGGCAGCAAUGCUCAAUGUCGCGUUAGGAAUCAUAGUCCAAUUUGUACUUGCAAUAAUGGAUUUACCGGCGAUGCAUUCACCAGAUGUUAUCCUAUACCACCGCCACCAAUCGAAAUUGAACGCGAAGAGAUUCGUGACCCUUGCCUUCCAUCGCCCUGUGGUCCUAAUGCAGAAUGUCGCAAUGUAAACGGGGUACCAUCAUGUUCUUGUUUAGCUACUUUUAUUGGUCAGCCACCCAACUGUCGUCCAGAAUGCACCAUCAACUCAGAAUGUCCAAGUCAACAGGCUUGCAUCAAUCAGAAAUGUCGCGAUCCCUGCCCGGGUGCUUGUGGUCUAAAUACAGUUUGUCGUGUAAUGAACCAUACGCCAACUUGUCUGUGCAUAGACGACUAUGUUGGAAAUCCAUUUAUCAACUGCAGCCCCAAACCACCAGAACCAACUCAACCACCAGUACGUGAUGAUCCAUGUGUGCCAUCACCAUGUGGACCCAAUGCCCAAUGUAACAAUGGACAAUGCACAUGUAUUCCUGAAUACCAAGGUGAUCCUUACGUAGGCUGUCGUCCGGAAUGUGUACUUAAUUCAGAUUGUGCUCGUGAUCGCGCUUGCGUGCGCAAUAAAUGUAUCGACCCUUGUCCCGGAACUUGCGGAACCAACGCUAUUUGUAUUGUCAAUAGCCACGUGCCCAUGUGUCACUGUCCGGACAAUAUGUCGGGCAACGCCUUCUUUGAGUGUCGCGUAAUUGAAAAACCAGUUCCAAUAAAUCCUUGUCAACCAUCACCGUGUGGCCCUAACAGUCAAUGCCGCGAACUUCAAAAUGUAGGCGUGUGCUCCUGCUUACCGGACUUCAUUGGUAGUCCACCACAGUGUAGACCGGAAUGUACAACGAACUCUGAUUGUCCGCCGGAUCAGGCAUGUCAGAACUCUAAGUGCCGCGAUCCUUGUCCUGGAACCUGUGGCUUUAAUGCAGUUUGCAACGUUGUCAAUCAUAAUCCAUUCUGUACUUGUCGCGCGCAAAUGACAGGAAAUCCAUUUGUGCGUUGCCAGGAAAUAAUUGCUCCAAUACGUGAUGCUACACCCGCCAAUCCUUGUGUGCCCUCGCCUUGCGGACCUAAUUCCGAAUGUCGCGUUUCAGGUGACUCCCCGUCAUGUUCAUGUUUGCCAGAUUUUACAGGAUCACCACCAAAUUGUCGCCCUGAAUGUGUUUCAAAUUCAGAAUGCCCAUCUACACAAGCAUGUAUAAAUCAAAAAUGCAAAGAUCCCUGUCCUGGACUGUGUGGCUCAAAUGCCAAUUGUCGUGUCUUCAGUCACACACCCAUGUGUCUCUGUCAAGAAGGCUUUACUGGAGAUCCAUUUUCACAAUGUAACCCAGUACGAGCAGAACCGAUCGAAGUAUUGCGACCAUGCAAUCCCAGUCCAUGCGGUAUCAAUGCUAAAUGUGAAGAACGCGACAACGCAGGUUCUUGCCAAUGCUUACCAGAGUACUUCGGUAACCCAUACGAAGGUUGUCGUCCAGAAUGUGUCCUGAACUCAGAUUGUCCAUCGAAUAAAGCUUGUCAAAAUCAGAAAUGCGCUGAUCCUUGUCCCGGCACUUGUGGUACAAAUGCAGUAUGUCAAGUAAUAAAUCAUUUACCUUCCUGCGAAUGCUAUCCCGGCUACAAUGGUGAUCCUUAUCGCCUCUGCCAAAUAGUACAAGAAGAACCUCCCAAAGUAUACGUUAAUCCCUGUCAACCUUCGCCUUGUGGUCCAAACUCAAAAUGUCGCGAAGUAAACGGUCAAGGAGUAUGUUCUUGUUUGCCAGAGUAUGUCGGUAGUCCACCAGCAUGUCGACCUGAAUGUACAUCCAGCUCUGAAUGUGCUACUGAAAAAGCUUGUAUCAAUCGCAAAUGUGUAGAUCCCUGUCCGGGCGUCUGUGGACAGAAUGCAGAGUGUCGCGUAAGAAACCACAGCCCUAUCUGCACAUGUAACAAUGGAUUCACCGGCGACGCCUUCGUACGUUGCUUCCGAAUUAUAACACCGGUUUCAUCACCACCGCCACAACGUCAACCACAAGAUCCUUGCGUGCCAUCACCGUGUGGACCAAACUCACAGUGCCGCGAUAUUAACGGCUCACCAUCAUGCUCCUGCCUACCAAAUUUCCUUGGUGCUCCACCCACUUGCCGUCCGGAAUGUAGUCUGAACUCAGAGUGUCCAAGCCAUCAAGCCUGUAUAAAUCAGAAAUGUCGAGACCCAUGUCCAGGUUCUUGUGGCAUUAGCGCAUUGUGCAAUGUGAUUAGUCACACACCAAUUUGUACAUGCCAAACCGGUUACACUGGUAAUCCGUUCACUGUCUGCAAUCCGUUACCACCGCCAAGAAGUAAGUCAGUAGUUAGAUUAAAAGGUGCCUUUAGUAAAACCCGUAUUUUUUGUGCAGUUGAAGUUGUACCUCAAGACGACCCAUGUAUACCCUCACCAUGCGGCCCUAACGCAAAAUGUAACAAUGGUCAGUGUACAUGUAUACCCGAAUAUAAUGGAGAUCCUUACACAGGCUGUAGGCCAGAAUGUGUAUUGCAUACCGAUUGCGCUAGAGAUCGCUCUUGUGUACGACACAAAUGUGUUGAUCCUUGUCCAGGAACCUGCGCUUCUAAUGCCAUCUGCGAAGUCAUGAAUCAUAUACCAAUUUGUCGCUGUCCCGACGGCAUGGAAGGCAACGCUUUCGUACAAUGCUCACCUAUACCGAAAUUGGAUGUACCACAAAAUCCUUGCCAGCCCUCGCCUUGCGGUCCAAAUAGUCAGUGCCGUGAGGUAAACCAACAAGCUGUGUGCUCUUGCAUUGCAUCCUUUGUCGGUAGUCCACCGUUUUGUAGGCCGGAAUGCACAAUCAAUUCCGAGUGUCCGCUUAAUCAAGGUUGUCUCAAUCAAAGAUGUUCCGAUCCGUGUCCUGGCGUUUGUGGCAACAAUGCCCUUUGUCAUGUUGCCAAUCAUAUACCGUUCUGCCGUUGUCCAGACAGAUAUUCUGGCAAUCCGUUUGUUAGUUGUCAACCGAUUUUAGACACACCCGAACCACGUCCACCGAGUCAACCUUGUGUUCCAUCGCCAUGUGGUCCAUACUCGGAAUGCCGCGCUGUUGGCGACACGCCUUCGUGUACUUGCUUAGCUGACUAUAUCGGUGCGCCUCCAAAUUGUCGACCAGAAUGCGUAACCAGCUCAGAAUGCAACACCAAUUUAGCGUGUAUUAAUCAAAAAUGCAAAGAUCCUUGCCCAGGUUUAUGUGGCAACAGCGCUUUGUGUCGUGUGCUUUCACACACUCCAAGCUGUUAUUGUCCAGCCGGCUUUGAAGGAGAUCCAUUCAUACAAUGUGUGGAAAGCAAGAUACCGCAAUUGGAUCACAUCGAUCCUUGCAAUCCAAGUCCAUGCGGUCCAAAUGCACGAUGCAUGCAACGUAAUGACGCUGGUUCAUGCCAAUGCCUUCCGGAAUACUUUGGAAAUCCUUACGAAGGCUGUAGACCCGAAUGUAUGUUGAAUUCCGAUUGUGCUUCCAAUAUGGCUUGUCAAAAUAUGAAAUGUCGCGAUCCUUGUCCGGGCACUUGUGGACAGAAUGCCAUUUGUUCAGUACUAAAUCAUGUGCCAACCUGUAAUUGUGUACCUGGCUAUAGUGGCGAUCCAUAUCGUUCUUGCCAAGUGGAGAAACAACCUAUCAAGGAAUAUGUCAAUCCAUGCCAGCCAUCACCUUGUGGUCCCAACUCGCAGUGUCGAGAAAUUAACGAACAAGCUGUGUGCUCUUGUUUACCCGAAUACAUUGGCAGUCCACCACUUUGCCGACCCGAGUGCACCAUCUCGACUGAGUGUGCAUUCGACAAAGCCUGUAUCAAUCAGAAAUGCGCAGAUCCUUGCCCGGGCACAUGCGGGCAGAGUGCCAAUUGUCGCGUACAUAAUCAUAGUCCAAUCUGUUCUUGCCGUGCAGGUUUUACAGGAGAUGCCUUUUCACGUUGUUUCGCUAUACCACCCACACCACCUACACCCGUACAACGCCAACCCGUCGAUCCUUGUGUUCCUUCACCAUGUGGUCCGAAUUCACAGUGCCGUCGCGUUGGAGAAUCACCUUCAUGUUCGUGUUUACCUAGUUAUAUUGGCGCUCCACCGAAUUGUCGUCCAGAAUGCACCAUUAAUGCUGAAUGUCCAAGCAGUCAGGCGUGUAUCAAUGAAAAAUGUCGCGAUCCUUGUCCCGGCUCAUGUGGUUUGGGCGCUAUCUGUAAUGUUAUAAAUCAUACUCCAAGCUGUGUUUGCCCUACUGGAUAUACUGGAGAUCCUUUCACUUACUGUCUACCAGAGCCACCACCAAAACCUGUUGUCAAAGAUGAUCCGUGCAAUCCUUCACCCUGCGGUUCAAAUGCUCAAUGCAACGAUGGUAUAUGUACAUGUAUACCAGAAUACCAGGGCGAUCCAUAUACCGGAUGUCGACCUGAAUGUGUACUUAAUACAGACUGUCCACGCGAUCGCGCUUGCAUACGAAAUAAAUGUGUUGAUCCUUGCCCCGGCACUUGUGCAUCAAAUGCUUUGUGUAGCGUCAUCAAUCACAUACCUAUCUGCUCAUGCCCGAACGGAAUGUCUGGCAACGCUUUUAUACAGUGCUCUCCGUUACCACCGCCAGUUAAAGUUAACCCUUGUCAGCCCUCACCUUGUGGUCCCAACUCACAGUGUCGCGAAGUAAAUGAGCAAGCUGUUUGCUCUUGCAUACCAGGCUUCAUUGGCGCACCACCAACAUGUCGACCGGAGUGUACUGCUAAUCAGGAAUGUCCAGCCAACUUGGCGUGCAUAAAUCAAAAAUGUGUCGAUCCUUGUCCUGGUAGUUGCGGACGGAAUGCCCAGUGCAGUACCGUGAAUCACAAUCCUUUCUGCACGUGCAUACCACAUUACACUGGAAAUCCAUUUGUCGCUUGCCAACGUAUCAUAGAACAACCUCAAUUGGAUGACACACCAAGUGAUCCUUGUCGUCCAUCGCCUUGCGGUCCCAACUCAGAAUGUCGCGCUAUCGGCAACACGCCAUCGUGCACUUGUCUUCCAAAUUUCAUUGGUUCCCCUCCUUACUGCAAGCCGGAAUGCGUUUCAAAUUCGGAAUGCCCAUCCACACAGGCAUGCAUUAAUCAAAAAUGCAAAGAUCCCUGCCCAGGACUAUGUGGUACUAGUGCUGAGUGUCACGUCGUAUCACACACACCGCGUUGCAACUGUUUGCCUGGCUUUACUGGCGAUCCAUUCACAAUUUGCCAGCCAAUACGUAUAGCCGCGCCGAUUGAAGUGCUGAACCCAUGUUCGCCGUCGCCUUGCGGUGCCAACGCAAAUUGCCUCGAACGUAAUGGAGCCGGCGCGUGUCAAUGUUUACCGGAAUACUUUGGCAAUCCAUACGAGGGUUGUCGACCGGAAUGUGUUCUCAAUUCGGACUGUCCCUCGAACAAGGCUUGUCAGAAUCAAAAAUGUCGGGAUCCUUGCCCCGGUACCUGUGGACAGAAUGCUGAAUGUAAUGUCGUCAACCAUAUACCGACUUGUAACUGCUUCGUUGGUUAUACCGGGGAUCCAUAUCGUUAUUGUACAAGACCAGCAGAACCCAUUGUACAAGAGUACGUAAACCCAUGCCAACCCAGUCCAUGUGGACCGAAUUCUCAGUGUCGUGAAGUAAACGGUCAAGCUGUGUGCUCAUGUUUAAGUGAGUUUAUAGGCGUACCACCUUCUUGUAGACCCGAGUGUACAUCUAGUUCGGAGUGUACAAGUGAUAAGGCGUGUAUAAAUCGAAAAUGCGUUGACCCUUGUCCUGGUGUUUGCGGUCAAAGUGCGCUAUGUCAAGUGCGCAAUCAUAGUCCAAUUUGUUCCUGUCGUAGUGGUCUAACCGGUGAUCCAUUCGUGCGUUGUUACCCCUUACCACGUAAGCAAAGUGAAGUUAUUCCUGGAGAUGUACUAUAUCGUGAUCAAUAUUUUCCUUUAGCGCCAACACCUCCUAAAGCCGUCGAUGAAUACCGUGAUCCUUGCGUGCCAUCACCAUGUGGUCCAUAUGCCACUUGUCGUAACCAAAAUAACGUGCCAUCUUGUACAUGCCAACCAAAUUAUAUAGGCGCACCUCCCAAUUGUCGUCCCGAGUGUACAGUUAACUCCGAUUGUAUCAGUAGCCAGGCAUGUAUAAAUGAACGAUGUCGCGAUCCAUGUCCGGGUGCAUGCGGUGUAAAUACGGUGUGCAGUGUCAUAAACCACACACCGAACUGUGCAUGCCAGCCCGGUUAUAUAGGCGACGCAUUCAUUGCUUGUCAUCCAGCACCACCACCUCCACCACCUCAACAAGAACCUAUUGAUCCUUGCAAUCCUAGCCCAUGUGGACCCAACGCUAUCUGCUCAGGUGAUGGGCAAUGUACGUGUAUAGCUGAGUAUCAGGGUGAUCCCUAUGUCUCGUGUAAACCAGAAUGUAUACUCAAUACAGAGUGUCCACGUGAUCGCGCCUGCAUAAGACAGAAAUGUGUUGAUCCUUGUCCAGGCACAUGUGGCUCAGAGGCCAUAUGUGAAGUCUUUAAUCAUGUGCCCAUGUGCCGUUGUCCGGAACGUAUGACCGGCAAUGCAUUUGUGCAAUGUGUACCGGUUCAAACUGAUAUUUACCGUAAUCCUUGUCAACCAUCGCCUUGUGGUCCGAACUCACAAUGUCGCGAAGUGAACUCACAAGCUGUGUGCAGUUGUCUACCCAACUAUCUAGGCAGUCCACCAUCAUGUCGCCCAGAAUGUACCAGCAACUCUGAUUGUCCACCAAACCGUGCUUGUCAAAAUCAACGUUGCGUAGAUCCAUGUCCCGGUACAUGUGGUUUGUAUGCCAAAUGCGCUGUUGUCAAUCACAAUCCUUUCUGUUCGUGCAAUGAACGCUAUACAGGCAAUCCUUUUGUACAAUGUCGUCCUAUAAUUGAACCUGUGCGUGAUGUUACACCAGUCAACCCAUGUCAACCAUCACCUUGUGGACCGAAUAGUCGCUGCCAACCUGUGGGUGAAUCGCCAUCGUGUUCUUGCCUUGAAAACUUCUACGGUCAACCACCCAACUGUCGUCCCGAAUGUGUGACAAACUCGGAAUGUUCGUCAAACAAUGUUUGUCGAAAUAAUCGCUGUGUGGAUCCAUGUCCUGGACUUUGUGGCAACAAUGCGCUCUGUCGUGUUAUAAGUCACUCAGCAAUGUGUUACUGUGAGAACGACUACACCGGUGAUCCAUUCGUACAGUGUACCUUGAUUGUACGUGCACCAACCGAAGUUGUCGAUCCUUGCAAUCCGAAUCCGUGCGGUUCAUUCGCCGAAUGCUUGCAGCAAAAUGGUGUAGGCUCAUGUAAAUGUCUUGAUGAAUAUUUCGGAAACCCCUACGAAGGGUGCCGUCCUGAAUGUGUGCUGAAUACCGAUUGUCCAUCCAACAAGGCGUGUAUCAAUCAGAAAUGUCGCGAUCCUUGCCCCGGUACAUGUGGUUUGAAUGCUGAAUGUUACACCAGAAAUCAUCUACCUACCUGCUCUUGCUUAUACGGCUUUGUAGGUGAUCCAUAUCGUUAUUGCGCCGUUGAAGAGAAACCCAUAGUACAAGAAUAUGUCAACCCUUGUCAACCAUCGCCAUGCGGUCCAAAUAGUCAGUGUCGCGAAGUGAAUAGUCAAGCAGUGUGCUCUUGUCUGCCAGAAUUUAUUGGCACUCCACCGGCGUGUAGGCCCGAAUGUACUAUAAGUACUGAGUGUAACUUCGACAAAGCCUGUAUCAAUCAAAAAUGUGCCGAUCCAUGUCCAGGUGUUUGUGGUACCGGAGCCCAGUGUCAAGUGCGCAACCACGCACCAUUGUGUUCUUGUCAGCUUGGUUAUACUGGUGAUCCGUUUACCCGUUGUUAUCCCAUACCUCCGCCACCACCGACAUCUGUCGCCGAACCAAUACGAGAUCCCUGCUUGCCUUCACCUUGUGGCCCCAACUCUCAGUGCAGAAAUGUCAACGGUCAAGCCUCAUGCUCUUGUUUACCCAAUUUCUUUGGCGCACCACCAAAUUGUCGUCCAGAGUGUGUCACCAACUCGGAGUGUUCAUCUAACUUGGCAUGUAUUAAUAACCGUUGCACUGAUCCGUGUCCAGGUUCUUGCGCGUACAAUGCUCAAUGCAGUGUGAUAAAUCACAUACCCAUAUGUUCUUGUCCAAAGGAUUAUGUAGGCGAUCCAUUUGUUAGUUGUCAACCAGCACCACCACCUCAACCACCAGUGAAAGAUGAUCCUUGUAAUCCAUCACCUUGUGGCCCUAACGCCGUCUGUAACGAUGGCCAAUGCAGCUGUAUACCUGAAUAUCAAGGCGACCCCUUCGUUGGCUGUCGUCCGGAGUGUACUUUGAAUUCUGAAUGUCCACACGAUAAGGCUUGUAUUAGAAAUAAAUGUGUGGAUCCAUGUCCGGGUACUUGUGGUGUCAAUGCUAUUUGCGAAGUGCUAAAUCAUGUGCCCAUGUGCCGUUGUCCAGAUGGCAUGUCCGGAAAUGCGUUCUACCAAUGUGAUCCAAUACCACCUAAACUUGUCUCCAAUCCAUGUGAACCAUCACCGUGCGGUCCGAAUAGCCGCUGUCGCGUUGUCAACCAAAAUGCUGUUUGUUCUUGCAUCGAAGGUUUCAUCGGUAAUCCACCUACAUGUCGUCCAGAGUGUGUCCGUAAUUCUGAUUGUGGUCCACAAAUGGCCUGUCAGAACCAAAAGUGUGUCGAUCCUUGUCCUGGAGCUUGUGGUUUUAAUGCUAUUUGUAAAGUGACAAAUCAUGCGCCUAUCUGUACAUGUCCGGUGCGUCAUACUGGAAAUCCAUUUGUGGCCUGCCAACCCAUAAUUGAACCACCGAUACGCUUACAAGAACCAAAGGAUCCUUGCUACCCAUCACCUUGCGGUCCGAAUUCGCAAUGUCGCGCUGUCGGUGAUGCUCCAUCAUGCUCCUGUUUACCAGAAUUUGUUGGCUCACCACCUAACUGUCGACCGGAAUGUGUUACGAAUAGUGAAUGCAGCCAAGACAAGGCAUGCAUUAAUCAAAAAUGUGUUGAUCCUUGCCCUGGCUUAUGUGGACAGAAUGCUCAAUGUCGUGUAAUCAGUCAUACAGCUAUGUGCCUUUGUACGCCUGGUUUUACAGGCGAUCCCUUUACGGCCUGCUUACCAGAGCCAGUGAAACAAGAUGAAAUCAUAUCGCCUUGUGAACCAAAUCCAUGUGGUGUUAACGCAGAGUGUCGCCAAGUGAACAACGCCGGUUCUUGUCAGUGUUUGCCCGACUACUUUGGCAACCCUUAUGAUGGCUGUCGUCCAGAAUGUGUCACGAACUCGGACUGUCCGCUUGAUAAAUCUUGUCAGAAUCAGAAAUGCCGUGAUCCUUGUCCGGGUGUGUGCGCGCUAAAUGCUAUUUGUCGCGUAAUAAAUCACUUGCCAUCUUGUAAUUGUCUUGAUGGCUUCAUAGGUGAUCCGUACACUUAUUGUCAAUUACCAGUGAAACCAAUUAUGAAAGAGUAUGUUAAUCCUUGUCAACCAUCGCCCUGCGGACCGAACUCACAAUGUCGCGAAGUGAACAAUCAAGCGGUGUGUUCAUGUCUGCCUGCUUUUGUUGGCACACCACCAGCAUGUCGACCCGAGUGUACCACAAGCGCUGAAUGUUCCUUAGAUAAGGCGUGCAUCAACCAGAAAUGUCAGAAUCCUUGCCCUGGCACAUGCGGUUCCAAUGCGGAAUGUAACGUACGUAAUCACUCACCUUUCUGUACUUGUUUGAAUGGAUAUACAGGAAAUGCCUUCACGCGCUGUCACCCAAUACCACGUAAGCUUAUGUCACAUGAACGCGUUUCCCAAAAUCAUAAUACAUUUCAUUCUGUAGCACCGCCUCCAGCUGCAACACCACCUGAACCUGUACGAAAUCCAUGUGUGCCCUCGCCUUGUGGACAGUUUGCUGAAUGUCGCGAUAUCAACGGUAGUCCGUCUUGCUCAUGUCUACCUACUUAUAUAGGUAGUCCACCUAACUGUCGACCAGAAUGUACAAGAAAUUCGGAUUGCGCCAGCUCACAAGCUUGUAUUAAUCAAAAAUGUCGCGAUCCUUGCCCAGGCGCGUGUGGUUUUAACGCAAAUUGUCAUGUUAUUAAUCACACACCGAUUUGUCAGUGCGCGUCAGGCUUGAUUGGAGAUCCAUUUGUCUCUUGCCAAGCGCCGCCACCGCCACCUCCUAAACUGGCAGAGGACCCAUGCAAUCCCUCGCCUUGUGGUCCAAAUACUGUGUGUCGCGAUGGUCAGUGCGAAUGUAUACCGGAGUAUCAAGGUAAUCCAUUGAUUGGUUGUCGCCCAGAAUGUGUUUUGAACACAGACUGUUCUUCGGACAAGGCAUGUAUACGUCAAAAAUGUAUGGAUCCUUGUCCGGGCACGUGUGCCUCGAACGCCAUUUGUGAAGUGCACAACCACAUACCAAUGUGUCAUUGUCCAGAAGGUAUGACCGGUAAUGCAUUCGCUCUGUGCCAACCUAUACCUACGCCAGUGCAGACAAAUCCAUGCCAACCAUCGCCAUGUGGUCCAAACUCACAGUGUCGCGUGAUAAAUCAACAAGCUGUGUGUUCUUGCUUACCUGAAUUUAUUGGUGCGCCACCAUCUUGUCGUCCCGAAUGUACCAGCAAUGCAGAAUGUGCCCUUAAUCGCGCCUGUUUGCAGCAGAAAUGUGUCGAUCCUUGUCCUGGAGUAUGCGGCGUCAAUGCCGAGUGCACGGUCAUCAAUCACUCGCCGAUUUGUCGCUGCACCAAUUCUUACACUGGCAAUCCGUUCGUUGCAUGCAGUCCUAUUCGAAUUGUUCCUCAAUUGGAUGUUGUACCUAAAGAUCCUUGUCGUCCCUCGCCGUGCGGACCGAAUGCUGAGUGUCGCGCUGUAGGCGACAGCCCAUCAUGUUCAUGUCUCAAAAACUUUAUUGGUGCACCACCAAACUGCCGUCCUGAAUGUGUAACAAAUUCCGAGUGUCCACUGUCACAAGCUUGCAUUAAUCAACGUUGCCAAGAUCCCUGUCCGGGUGUUUGCGGCUCAAACGCCGAUUGUCAUGUCAUUAAUCAUACACCAAUGUGUGUGUGUACAAGCGGUUAUACUGGAGAUCCAUUCAACCAUUGCGACGUCAUACGCGAUGUACCGCAAGAAGUACUCAACCCUUGUCAACCAAGUCCUUGCGGAACCAACACGGAAUGUAUCGUACGCAACGGCGCAGGCGCUUGUCAAUGCCUACCCGAAUAUCAAGGCAACCCAUAUGAGGGUUGUCGUCCUGAAUGUGUUGUAAACUCUGAUUGUCCAACGAACAAAGCUUGCCUACAGAACAAAUGUAAGGAUCCCUGCCCAGGCACUUGCGGACAGAAUGCAAUUUGUUAUGUACGCAAUCAUUUGCCAACUUGCAACUGUUUAACUGGUUAUUCAGGUGAUCCUUACAGCUACUGUACGGUAUUGACAGAACCUAAAUUAGACGUGGUAAACCCAUGUCAGCCUUCACCAUGUGGACCAAAUUCACAAUGCAAGGAAGUCAAGCAACAAGCGGUCUGCUCCUGUCUACCAACAUUCAUCGGCACUCCACCAGACUGCCGCCCCGAAUGUACCAUAUCCAGCGAAUGUGCGCUUGAUAAGGCAUGUGUCAAUCAAAAAUGCGUCGAUCCGUGCCCCGGCGUGUGUGGACUUAACGCCGAAUGCCGCGUGCAUAACCAUAACCCACUUUGCACGUGUCGAAACCGUUACACCGGCGAUGCCUUUACUAGAUGCUAUCCUAUACCACCACCACCGCCCGUGCCCGUAAUUAGAGAGGAAUACCGCGAUCCAUGCGUACCAUCACCUUGCGGUGCUAAUGCUGUAUGUCGUAACGUCAAUGGUCAGGCCUCGUGUACUUGUCUGCCCAACUACUUAGGUGCACCACCCAACUGCCGACCCGAGUGUUCAAUCAAUGCCGAGUGCUCACCACACUUGGCGUGUAUAAAUGAAAAAUGUCGCGACCCUUGCCCGGGAUCUUGUGGUUUCUCUGCGAUUUGUAGUGUCAUUAAUCACACGCCGAUAUGUACCUGCCCAGCUGAUUAUACAGGUGAUCCGUUCACUAGCUGUAUGCCUAAGCCACCUGAGCCCCAACUGCCUUUACAAGACCCAUGUAAUCCGUCCCCCUGCGGUAGUAAUGCCAUAUGUAAUAACGGCGUAUGCUCCUGCUUGCCUGAGUACCAAGGAAACGCUUAUUCCGGUUGUCGACCAGAAUGUGUACUCAAUACUGAGUGCCCACGUGACAAAGCUUGUAUAAGAAACAAAUGCGUUGACCCUUGCCCAGGCACAUGUGGUGUGGGAGCCAUAUGUGAUGUGUUUAAUCAUAUACCAAUGUGUCGUUGCCCUGAUGGUAUGUCGGGCAACGCUUUCAUUCAAUGCUCUGUACUACAAACCCCGCCAACUGUAACGAAUGUGUGUCAACCAUCGCCGUGCGGCCCUAAUUCACAAUGUCAUGAAGUUAAUCAACAGGCAGUUUGCGCUUGCUUGCCUAACUAUUUCGGCUCACCACCAAACUGCCGACCUGAGUGUACCAUAAAUUCGGAUUGUCCACCGAACUUAGCUUGCGUUAAUCAGAAAUGUCGAGAUCCAUGUCCCGGAAGCUGUGGCGUACGUGCCAUGUGCUCAGUCAUUAAUCACGCGCCAUUCUGUAGUUGCCCGAGCGGCUACACCGGCAAUGCGCAUACUCUAUGCCAACUAUUGCCACCACCGACGCCUCAACAGGAACCUGUAAAUCCCUGCGUACCUUCGCCAUGCGGACCCAACUCACAAUGUGCUGACAGAAACGGUUCACCAUCAUGCAGCUGCUUACCAGAUUAUAUUGGUGCACCACCAAAUUGCCGCCCAGAAUGUUUAUCUUCCUCGGAAUGUGCCAGCAAUAAAGCAUGUAUCAACAUGAAGUGCCGAGAUCCAUGUCCCGGUAUUUGUGGCACAUCAGCUACUUGUCAUGUGGUUAGUCACACCCCAUCUUGUGUCUGCAUCGCCGGUUAUAUGGGUGAUCCGUUCACGCAAUGUUAUCCCGAACCGAUUGUUGAGCUCGAGCAGAUUAACCCGUGUGUGCCCAGUCCAUGUGGCAGCAACGCUGUUUGUACCACACAAAACAAUGCCGGCGCUUGUAAGUGUCUGCCAGAGUAUUUCGGCAAUCCAUAUGAGGGUUGCCGUCCUGAGUGUAUUGCAAAUUCGGAUUGUCCUUCGAAUAAGGCUUGUCGAAAUCAAAAGUGUCAAGAUCCCUGCCCUGGCGUUUGUGGACAAAAUGCGCAGUGUGACGCCAUUAAUCAUUUGCCUACCUGCAGUUGUCUGUCGGGUUACACCGGUGACCCGUACAGCUACUGUAAUGUUUUGAAAGAACGUAAGCAUCAUAUUUAAUAUGUCAAUCCAUGCAUACCCUCGCCAUGUGGCCCGAAUUCUCAAUGUCGCGAGGUAAACGAACAAGCCGUAUGUUCAUGUCUGCCCGAAUUUAUUGGAAGUCCACCCUCUUGUCGUCCCGAAUGCACAUCGAACUCUGAAUGUCCUGCCGAUAAAGCCUGUAUCAACAAGAAAUGUCAAGAUCCUUGCCCUGGCACUUGUGGCUCGAAUGCUGAGUGUCGCGUACGUUCACAUAGCCCGUAUUGUAGUUGUCGUCCAGGUUAUACUGGUGAUGCAUUUGUCCGUUGCAAUCCAAUACCACCACCACCACCGCCAGCGCGUGAACCAUACCGCGAUCCAUGUGUUCCUUCCCCUUGCGGCCAAUAUGCCGUUUGUCGUGUUGUGAACGAACAACCGACGUGUUCUUGUCUACCUUCGUAUACCGGUUCACCGCCUAAUUGCCGCCCAGAAUGUGUUAUAAACUCGGACUGUGCCAGCAAUCGCGCCUGCAUAAACGAAAAGUGUCGCGAUCCAUGCCCAGGAUCUUGUGGAGUGUAUGCUGUUUGCAACGUUUUAAAUCAUACGCCAGUGUGUACGUGCCCAUCCGGAUAUAUCGGUGAUCCAUUCACGAGUUGUCACCCGCAACCAGCUCCACCACCACCACCUACCCCUGCUGACGAUCCUUGCAUACCAUCACCGUGUGGCAUUAACGCUCAAUGCAGCGAUGGUAUUUGCACUUGCAUCGGCGAAUAUCAAGGCGACCCAUACACUGGUUGCCGUCCUGAAUGUAUUCUUAACAGCGAAUGCUCGCGCGAUAAAGCUUGUAUCAACCAGAAAUGUCAAGAUCCUUGUCCCGGCACCUGUGCUUCGAACGCGAUAUGUGAAGUACACAAUCAUGUACCCAUGUGCCACUGCCCAGCGGGAAUGCAAGGCAAUGCAUUUGUUCUAUGCCAACCACUACCGGAGCGGCCACCUGAACCACCGCAUCCAUGCCAACCAUCACCAUGUGGUCCAAACUCCCAAUGUCAAGAUAGAAAUGGUAUAGCUGUUUGUUCGUGUGUAGCAGAUAUGAUAGGUACACCACCCGCUUGUCGCCCCGAAUGUAUCAGCAACUCAGAGUGUCCAAUGAACCGCGCAUGCAUCAAUCAGAAAUGCAAAGAUCCUUGUCCAGGCGCUUGCGGCCAUAAUGCACUCUGCAACAUUGUGAAUCAUAACCCAAUUUGCUCGUGUCCAACGGGUUAUACCGGAAGUCCAUUUGUAGCUUGUCAACCCAUCUUUUCUACAGCUCCUCCAACUUAUGAAGAACCACGCGAUCCCUGCCGUCCAUCACCGUGCGGCGCCAAUGCUCAAUGCAGCAACAUAAAUGGUGCACCUUCAUGUACUUGUCUCUCUGAAUUUAUAGGCGUACCACCAAAUUGUCGUCCAGAAUGCAUAUCUAAUUCAGAAUGUCCAUCCGAUAAGGCUUGCAUUAAUCAGAAGUGUCGCGAUCCAUGCCCGGGUCUGUGUGGUUCCAAUGCACAGUGUCAUACUUUGAAUCACAUACCCAAUUGUGUUUGUGAACAAGGUUACGUUGGAGACCCCUUCACCGUCUGCCGCUUGCCAUUACCGCCACCACCAGCACCAGUACCUGACUUUAUAGACCCAUGUGUACCGAACCCUUGUGGAGAUAAUGCGGAAUGUCGUCGUCAUAACAAUGUUGGAUCUUGUGUCUGUUUACCGGAAUAUUUCGGAAACCCCUAUGAAGGUUGCCGACCUGAGUGUGUGCUGAAUAGUGAUUGCCCAUCAAAUAAAGCCUGCGUACAACGUAAAUGUCAAGAUCCAUGUCCUGGCACUUGCGGUCGCAAUGCCGAAUGUCAGGUUGUUAAUCACCUACCCGUUUGUCAUUGCUUCGGUGGCUAUACGGGCAAUCCGUUUAGCUUAUGCUCACCUGUAAAACAAUUGGAGCCCAUUUAUGUUAACCCAUGUCAACCUUCGCCGUGCGGUCCGAAUGCACAGUGCCAUGAGGUUAAUCAACAAGCUGUUUGUUCGUGCUUGCCUGAAUUUAUUGGCUCACCUCCUGCUUGCCGUCCAGAAUGUACCGUUAAUUCGGAAUGUCCGCUCACACAGGCUUGCAUAAAUCGUAAAUGCGCAGAUCCUUGCCCUGGCACCUGUGGUCAAAAUGCAGAAUGUCGCGUCUACAACCAUAAUCCGAUUUGUUCGUGCAGAGUUAGCUAUACGGGAGAUGCUUUUACGCGUUGUUAUUCAAUUCCACAGCCAAUCGCAGAUGUAACGCCACAACCACCAAGUAAUCCCUGCAAUCCUUCACCUUGUGGCCAAUACGCGCAAUGUCAUAAUCGUAACGGCGGCGCGGUUUGCUCAUGUUUACCUAGUUACAUAGGUAGUCCACCAAAUUGCCGCCCCGAAUGCGUUGUACAUUCCGAUUGUCCAUCGAAUCGUGCCUGCAUCAAUGAGAAGUGUCGUGAUCCAUGUCCUGGUUCAUGUGGUUUUAACGCAAUUUGUAAUGUACUCAAUCAUGUACCCAACUGCGUCUGUCCAACUGGCUAUGUAGGUGAUCCAUUCAGUAGCUGUCAACCAGAGCCACCCCAACCGGUGCAACGUGAGCCCAUCAAACAGGAUCCUUGUGUGCCAUCGCCUUGUGGUGCGAAUGCUGCUUGUAGUGGAAACGGCGUGUGUACUUGCCUGCCCGAAUAUCAUGGAGAUCCAUACAGUGGUUGCCGUCCAGAAUGCGUACUAAAUAGCGAUUGCGCCCGUGACCGUGCUUGUAUCAAUCAAAAAUGUAAAGACCCAUGCCCGGGUACUUGUGGCACGCUUGCGCUCUGCAAUGUUAUAAACCACGUACCGAUGUGUUCAUGUCCAGCUGGCAUGACAGGCAAUGCGUUUGUUUAUUGCGAAAGCAUACCAAGUAAUAUAGAAAUCAACGCUUUCAACCGGACUAUGCAAACUCACAUUCUUCCAAUUUCAGUCGUCGAACCGCCACCGCCCAUAAACCCCUGUCAACCUUCUCCUUGUGGUCCUGAUGCACAGUGUCGCGCGUCUAAUCAACAAGCCAUCUGCUCUUGCCUACCAGGUUAUAUUGGCGCACCACCAUCUUGUCGUCCCGAGUGUGUUUCCAAUUCCGAAUGUGCUUUGGAUAAGUAUUGUUUGAAUCAGCGUUGCCAAGAUCCGUGCGCCGGUACCUGCGGUUUACGUGCCGUCUGUCAUGUUCAAAAUCAUAGCCCAAUAUGUGCCUGUCCACCACGUUACACCGGUGAUCCGUUCAUUUCCUGUCAGCCAAUAAGUACUAUGCGCUCGCACUUUACACUCACAAAUAUUCAACUAAACAUCAUCUUCAAACCUAUUACAGUUAUACCCAAACCGGCACCAAUAAGCGACGUAACGCCUACAAAUCCAUGCCAACCAUCACCUUGCGGACCGAACUCAGAAUGUACCGCCACUGCGAAUGGCGCACAAUGUACUUGCUUACGUGAUUUCAUUGGCACUGCUCCGCACUGCCGUCCCGAAUGCGUAACAAGUGCUGAGUGUGCCUCGGACAGGGCGUGCAUCAAUCGCAAAUGCGCAGAUCCCUGUCCGGGUUCGUGUGGUGUUGCAGCCGAGUGUCGUGUGUUGGCGCACAGCGCAAUGUGUUACUGUCCAAGCGGAUAUACUGGCGAUCCUUUCUCUACAUGCGUUAAGCAACAGGAACCACCAACGGAGGUGGCUUUACCUUGCAGUCCCAGCCCUUGUGGUCCAAACGCAAUUUGCCAACCACGUAAUGGCAUUAGCGUUUGUCAAUGUUUACCGGACUAUUUCGGUAAUCCUUAUGAAGCUUGUCGUCCUGAAUGUGUUAGGAAUUCGGACUGUUCAGCGGACAAAGCUUGCCGAAACCAGAAGUGCCGUGAUCCAUGUCCCGGCACUUGUGGUUCGCAGGCGACUUGUCAAGUCGUCAAUCAUAUACCGAACUGCGCCUGCCUGCCAGGCUAUCGCGGCGAUCCAUAUACACGUUGUGAAAUUGUGCAGGCAGAACCUGAACCACCCGUCAAAGUAAGUCCCUGCCAACCAUCACCAUGUGGCGCCAACGCACAGUGUCGCGAAUCAAAUGGUCAAGCCGUUUGCUCGUGUCUACCGGAGUUUGUUGGCACCCCACCCACUUGUCGUCCGGAAUGUGUCGUCAGCUCAGAGUGUCCAUCCGACAAAGCAUGCAUCAACCAGAAAUGUAAAGAUCCCUGUCCAGGCGCUUGUGGCUUAAACGCCGAAUGUCAUGUACAUAACCAUAGUCCACUGUGUGCUUGUAAGGCUGGUUAUACCGGCGAAGCCUUCACCAGCUGCCAGCGUAUACCACCACCACGUACCCCAGAACCGCCACAAGCAGAUGUCAAUCCAUGCAUACCGUCGCCUUGUGGCCCAUACGCACAAUGUCGUGAAGUUAAUGGUGCCGCUACAUGCAGCUGUUUGACGAACUACAUUGGCGCGCCACCCAACUGUCGUCCGGAAUGUACAAUAAAUGCGGAAUGUGCCAGCAAUAUGGCCUGUAUUAACGAACGUUGUCGCGAUCCAUGUCCCGGUUCAUGUGGAUUUUCUGCGCUUUGUAAUGUAAUAUAUCAUACACCCAGCUGUUCUUGUCCCGUUGGCUACACCGGUGAUCCGUUUACCAGCUGUCGUCCAUUACCACCACCGCCACCAGCACCAAAACCAGCGGAACCUGUGGAUCCAUGCAUCCCUUCACCAUGUGGUGCAAAUACUGUCUGCAAUAACGGGCAAUGUUCCUGCAUACCGGAAUAUCAUGGCGAUCCCAUCAUCGGUUGUCGUCCAGAAUGUGUGCUUAACGCGGAUUGUCCACGUGACCGCGCUUGUGUGCGUAAUAAAUGUGUAGACCCAUGUCCAGGUACAUGCGGCCAACGCGCGCUCUGCGACGUCGUCAACCACAUACCAAUGUGUCGCUGUCCAGAACGUAUGACUGGUAAUGCAUUUGUCGCUUGCGAUCCAGUUCCUGAAGUGGAGUUGAAGAAUCCAUGCCAGCCAUCGCCUUGCGGUCCCAAUUCACAGUGUAUUGAACGUGGUGGCAAUGCCAUUUGCUCUUGUAUUACUGGUUACUUCGGUAAUCCACCAAACUGUCGCCUCGAGUGUUAUAGCAGUUCGGAUUGUGCACAAAUACACGCGUGUAUUAAUAAUAAAUGUGUUGAUCCUUGCCCAGGUCAAUGUGGUCUAAACGCCGAGUGUCAGGCUGUGCAGCAUCGCGCACACUGCGAAUGUAUACGCGGUUAUACCGGUAAUCCAUAUUCACUUUGUACGAGACCAGAAAUACGACAAGAACCACCUGCAAUACAGAACCCUUGUAUACCAUCUCCUUGCGGUCCUAAUGCUCAAUGUAGUGACGUAAAGGGACAGCCACGUUGCUCUUGUCUGGCCGACUUUAUUGGUACACCGCCAAAUUGUCGCCCAGAAUGCUCUAGUAAUGACGAUUGUCCUAACAACUUGGCUUGCAUCAACCGCAAAUGUCGUGACCCAUGUCCCGGUUCGUGUGGUUUGAAUGCCAAUUGUCUUGUGACCCUGCAUAUACCCAAUUGUCAUUGCCCAGUUGGCAUGACCGGCGAUCCCUUCCGCGUAUGUUAUGAGGCUCCAAAAAUAUUACCACCACCACCGAAACAGGAACCACGUGAUCCUUGCCGUCCAUCACCAUGCGGCCCGAACAGCGAAUGCCGUGGACGUGACGAUAGCUACACCUGCUCAUGUAUUAAUGAUUACAUUGGUAAUCCGUAUGAAGGUUGCCGUCCCGAAUGUAUUGGCAAUUCUGAGUGUUCCUCGAAUCGUGCUUGCAUACGCAACAAAUGCGCCGAUCCUUGUCCAGGCACUUGUGGGGUUGAGGCGCUUUGCACCAUCCACAAUCACAUUCCGAUUUGCUCUUGCCCCACUGGCUACAGUGGCAAUGCUUUCGUCCAGUGUUCACCGAUUGUAAUAGAACACAUACCACAGGAACGUCGUGAUCCAUGCUACCCAACACCGUGCGGCAUAAAUACGGUAUGCAAAGUACAACGUGAUCAGGCUGUUUGUGAAUGUCUACCAGGCUUCUUUGGCAAUCCACAAGGACAGGGUUGUCGUCCCGAAUGUACACUCAGCUCAGACUGUGCCAAGGAUAAGGCUUGUGUCAAUUCCAAAUGUGUCGAUCCAUGUCCCGGCGUCUGCGGUUAUGGCGCACAAUGCCAGACCGCCAAUCACAACCCAAUAUGUAGUUGUCCCAGUCCAAUGGUUGGCAAUCCGUUCGUUGAAUGUCAUGCACCACCGCAACCGAUCGAUCCAUGCAAUCCAUCACCAUGCCGCAGCAAUGGCAUAUGCCAGGUUAUCAAUGGUGCUGCCACUUGCACGUACCCCGAAUGUGUAACCAAUGAGGAUUGCUCACGUAAUCGUGCUUGUAUCAAUCAGAAAUGUCGCGAUCCAUGUAUUAAUGCUUGCGGUGUCAAUGCGAUCUGUAACGCCAUCAAUCAUAAGGCGGUAUGUACCUGUCCAACCGGUUACUAUGGCUCACCGUUUAACCAAUGUCUUCGACAAAUGGAGGAAAUACCAGCACCACGACCGGAAUGUACCACCGACGCGGAAUGCUCGAACGACAAGGCGUGCGUCAAUCAAGCUUGUCAAAAUCCAUGCGAACUCUCGAAUAUUUGUGGCACAAACGCGCGCUGUCACGUGCAAUUGCACAGACCACUUUGUGUCUGUAAUGAAGGUUACACCGGCAAUGCUUUCAGUUAUUGCCAUGUCAUCGGCUGUCGCUCAGACGAGGAAUGUCCCGCCACAGAAGCCUGCAUCAACAAACAAUGUACCGAUCCUUGUCCGUACACACAGUGCGGCACGAACGCCAUCUGUCGCGCCGACUACAAUCACAAGGCACGCUGUCACUGCCCCGACGGUUAUCGCGGCAAUCCAUUGGUGCGCUGUGAACGACCGGAAUGCACACGCGACGACGAAUGCGCCUUCAAUUUGGCCUGUAAGAAUGAACGUUGCGAAGAUCCAUGCAAUUGUGGUGUUGGCGCCCAAUGCCGUGUCGACAAUCAUCGCGCACAAUGUCGCUGCCCGCCUGGCUACAGUGGCAAUCCGCUGGUUAGCUGUGUACUCGAAGAACCUAAAGUGGCACCACAAUGCACCAUGGAUGCGGACUGUACCAGCAAAUUGGCCUGCUUCAAUGGCGAAUGUAAGAAUCCGUGCGCGGUAACGCAACCAUGUGGCGCAAAUGCUAUUUGCUCGGUAGUGGACACGUUGCCGUUGCGUACUAUGAUCUGUCAAUGCGAACCCGGUUAUGUGGGUGAUGCGGAUGUGGGUUGUCGUAAAGAACCCGCACGUGAUCAUGGUUGCCAAUCGAAUAGCGAAUGUCAAGAUACGGAAGCCUGCCGCAAUGGCGCCUGUGUAAAUCCUUGUAUUGAUGCCUCACCUUGCGCCCGCACAGCCGAGUGCUUAGCUCAGCGUCAUCGCGCCGUCUGCAGUUGUCCACAGGGCACACAGGGUGAUCCAUUCACAAACUGUUACCAACCACCGGAAAUAACGGCGGGCUGUAAACAAGAUUCGGAGUGUCCGUCAACAACGGCCUGCAUCAAUCAACGCUGUCAAGAUCCUUGCGCUGAGGCGAAUCCAUGUGCUGGCAACGCGGAAUGUCGUGUACGCAACUCGCGUCCAAUAUGCUCUUGCCCCGCCGGCUGGGGUGGUGAUCCGCAAGUACAAUGCUACAAACCGGAAUGCAAGAUAAAUGCGGACUGUCCCUACGAUAAGGCUUGUAUAAAUGAGAAUUGUGUAAAUCCUUGCAGUUAUGGCGACGUACGUUGCGGCACUGGCGCUCAAUGCGCACCACAAAACCACCAAGCUGUCUGCAUAUGUCCGCCGGGCACACAAGGCAAUCCGUUUGUCUCGUGUAUCACCGGUCACUGCCAAUACAACGAGGAUUGCGCCGAUCAUGAGGCUUGCGAUCGCUUGAAUCGCGUUUGUCGUCCGGUUUGCGAUGAGGACACCUGCGCGCUGAAUGCCAUUUGCACUGGCAGACGUCAUCAGCCGCAAUGCGAAUGCCGACCGGGCUAUAGAGGCAAUCCAUUUGUACAGUGCGAUGUGCCACGCGAGCCACCAACUAAAGUGGAACCCGAAUGUAAACAGGAUGCUGAUUGUCCAUCUCAAUUGGCUUGUAUUAAUCAGCGUUGCGCCAAUCCUUGCGCCACACCACAUGUUUGCACGCCACAACAGACCUGUCACGUAUUGGAUACGCUACCUUUGCGUACCAUGAUCUGCAAGUGUCCGAGCGAUACGAUCACCGAUAAUUCGGGUAAUUGCGUACCAAUCAAACAUGAAGUAGUCAGCGGUUGUCAGAACAACGAUGAAUGCGGUAACACCGAGGUCUGCCAACGUGGUGUGUGUAUCGACGCUUGCCGCUUGGAACGCUGCGGUGUAAAUGCGCAAUGUCGCUCACGCGAUCACUAUGCCGAAUGCACAUGUGCACGUGGCUACGAAGGUAAUCCACGUGUUGAGUGCCAGUUAAUCGUACACGAACAGCCGAAAACACCGAACGCUGAAUGCACAAAGAACGAUGACUGUCCCUAUGAUAAGACGUGUAAGAAUGAACGCUGUGUAAAUCCUUGUGUGGAAGAUUCUUGUGGACGCGGUGCCUAUUGCCAUGUACAAAAUAGAGAACCGGUAUGCCGUUGCCCAAGCGGUUUCACCGGCGAUGCGCGCGUUGCUUGUGUACCACCGCCAGAUGUCUCUACGAUAGGUUGCAAAUCCAAUUCCGAUUGCUCUCUUAGUGAAUCUUGCGUCAAUGAACGUUGCAUUAAUCCUUGCAAUUGUGGUCCGAACGCCGAGUGUAUUGUACGUAAUCACCACCCGGUUUGCUACUGUCAACCUGGCUACUCUGGCAAUGCACAAUUCGGUUGUGUACAAAUUGGCUGCCAAUCGGACGAUGAAUGUUCAUCGGAUCAACAAUGCGUGAAUCGUGAAUGCGUGAAUCCUUGUUUGAUCAGUGAUCCGUGCGCGCUCAAUGCCGAAUGCUUUGGUCGUAAUCAUCGCGCCACCUGUCGCUGUCCUGCCGGCUUGGAAGGUGAUCCGUUCCAACGUUGUGUACGCGUCGAAUGUCACUCAGACUAUGACUGCGCUACGAAUCAAGCAUGCGUACGAAAUCAAUGUGUGAACCCCUGUCAAGAUAGCCCAUGCGCACAAAAUGCCAUUUGUCAAGCAUUGCAACAUCGCGCCGUUUGCCGCUGCCCCGAGACUAUGCCGCUCGGCAACCCUUACGCUUAUUGUGAACGCCGUCCUGUAGAACCAGUUUGUCGCGACGAUGGCGAUUGCCCAAGUCGCUUGGCUUGCAUCGAUAGUAAAUGUCAGAACCCAUGUACCAUACUCUCACCAUGCGCAAGCUCCGCAAAAUGCAGUGUACUGGAUAGUGUGCCUGUACGCACUAUGGUAUGCGAAUGCCCCGAAUCAUAUGUCCCGGAUGCGCGAGGUGAAUGUAAACCGAUCGUACUGCAGAGUCCACCAGGCUGCAGUAGUGAUGCCGACUGUCCGGAUCAAGAGGCUUGUAUCAACCGUCAGUGCCGAAACCCAUGCAACUGUGGCACCAACGCAAUUUGUCAAGUACAAAAUCAUCGCGCCACAUGCUCUUGCCAAGACGGUUAUGAAGGCAAUCCCUAUGCUUUCUGUCGCACCAUUGGCUGUCGCAUAGAUAGUGAAUGUGACUCCGGUAAGGCCUGUAUCAACGGCAACUGUAUUAAUCCCUGCUUAGUGAAUGAUCCUUGCGGUGUCAACGCUGAAUGCUAUGUGCAAUCUAACACCGCUAUGUGUCGCUGCAAGAGUGGUUAUCGUGGUAAUGCUUACGAGCGUUGUCGCGUCAUUGGUUGUCUAACGAAUAACGAUUGCCCCUCUGACAAGAUGUGUCAAAAUGAACAGUGCGUCAAUCCUUGUAUUUACCACAAUACUUGCUCACCACGCGCCGAGUGCCGCCCGCAAAACCAUUUGGCUGUCUGUCGCUGUCCCGCUGGCUUCCUGGGCAAUCCAUACGUGGACUGCCGUCCAGAACCACAACCUAUGUGCAGAGUAGACACAGAUUGCCCAGCGCGCUUGGCAUGCAUCAACGAUGAGUGUGUUGAUCCUUGUCUCACUCUGGAACCAUGCAACCGUCCAGCACAAUGUGAAGUGACACCAACGUCGCCUGUACGUACUAUGAUCUGCGUCUGCCCCGACGGCUACAUUAGCAGCGGCAGUGGCACCUGCAAACCAACAAAGACAAUUGUGGAAGUAGGCGGUUGUAUAGCCGAUUCAGAAUGUGCCACAGAUAAAUCCUGCGUAAAUGGUAUCUGUCGCGAUCCCUGCAAUUGUGGCUUGAACGCUGAAUGCCGCAUUAAGGACCAUAAACCGGUAUGUACUUGUCGUCAAGGUUACGAGGGUAACCCUGAAUUCGAAUGUUCCAAGAUUGAAUGCGCUAUAAAUUCGGACUGUCCAUCUACGCACGCCUGUCGCAAUCAACUUUGUGUGCCCGUUUGCCAAGGUGAACAAUGCGGCACAAAUGCCGAAUGUCUAGCAGUUGAUCACCGCGCUGUAUGUGAAUGUAUACCCGGCUUCCGUGGCAAUGCACGCAUCGCCUGUACACCACUUGGCUGUCGUACCGACGGUGAAUGUCCAUCAGAUAAGGCGUGUGUCAAUGGCAAAUGUGAGAACCCAUGCGAUACAAAGGCGAUCUGUGCAUAUGACGAAAUUUGCAAGGUCUACAACCACCAACCAGAAUGUGCCUGUCCACCGGGUACUAUUGCGCGACGCAACGGCUGUGAACCGCUACGUGACAUACCGAUUUGCCGCUACGAUGGCGACUGUCCAAGCCAAACUGCCUGUAUACGUGGCGAAUGCGUCAAUCCAUGCAAUGCAACACAUCCUUGUGGCGUUAAUGCCGACUGUCGUGUCUUAGAUACUGUGCCAGUGCGCACAAUGAUCUGCGAAUGUUUGGAGGGAUACACCGGUAAUGCGGCCAUACAGUGUGACAAACGCUCAUUGUGUGUGAUCGAGAAAGGCUUCGUACGCGAUGUCGACGGUCAAUGUGUCUGCCCGCCAGGCACUGCUUUGGACAUAUACGAAUAUUGCGCGCCCUGCCUGCCAGAACAAGGCUUCAAGAUCGACGAAAAUGGACGCUGUGUAUGUGCGUUGGAGCGUGGUAUGGUCAUCGAUGAACGUGGACGCUGUAUCUGCCCGACAGAUCAUGGAUAUCGACUCACACCAGCAGGCGAAUGCAUAGCAGAAGACCAACCUGGCUGUGAAACAAACGAAGACUGUGCAGACAAUCGCUUCUGCAACACACGUACGAAGACCUGUGAGGAUCCUUGUCUGCAAAAGGUUUGCGGCGUAAAUGCCUUCUGUAAUGCCAUCAAUCAUCGUGCACAAUGUCAAUGCAUCACCGGCUACACCGGCAAUCCAGAGCUUAUCUGCAAUCACACCAACUUCCGUACAGACUUCCCACGUCCCGAUAUGUUAGUCAGCUGCCUGGCUGAUGGUGUACAAGUCGAAAUACAUAUUACCGAACCCGGCUUUAAUGGCGUACUCUACGUGAAGGGUCAUAGCAAGGAUGAAGAAUGUCGUCGUGUGGUGAAUUUAGCUGGCGAAAGUGUACCGCGUACGGAAAUCUUCCGCGUACACUUCGGCAGCUGCGGCAUGCAAGCAGUUAAGGAUAUUGCAAGCUUCGUGCUGGUCAUACAGAAGCAUCCGAAAUUGGUUACAUACAAGGCGCAAGCUUACAACAUUAAAUGUGUCUACCAGACCGGUGAGAAGAACGUCACAUUGGGUUUCAAUGUGUCCAUGCUAACCACAGCGGGCACAAUUGCCAACACUGGCCCGCCGCCAAUCUGUCAGAUGCGCAUCAUAACGCAUGAAGGUGAAGAGAUCAACUCUGCGGAGAUUGGUGACAAUCUGAAACUGCAAGUUGACGUCGAGCCAGCAACAAUCUAUGGUGGCUUCGCCCGUUCCUGCAUUGCCAAAACAAUGGAGGAUAACAUUGAGAACGAGUAUAUUGUCACCGAUGAGAAUGGUUGCGCUACAGAUGCGUCAAUCUUUGGCGAAUGGGAAUACAAUCCCGAUACCAACAGCCUGAUGGCUAACUUCAAUGCCUUCAAAUUCCCCUCAAGCGAUAACAUACGCUUCCAAUGUAACAUACGUGUCUGCUUCGGUAAAUGUCAACCGGUUAACUGUCGCGGCUACAAUGCAUUCGGACGUAGAAGACGUCGUGCUAUUGCCGAUAAUUCCACCGACACAACAGCGGUGGCGACCAACACCGGCAUGGAGGGACAACUGCGCGAGGAGAUAACAAUUUCAUCGAAUGCCAUCUUGACAUUCGAAAAGCGCAGCGGACCGGGCAUCAAUGAUGCGAACAUCAAACCGGCGGCACAACGCGUCGAAGACAUUUGCGUCUCCAUGGUGGGUCUCAUUAUAGCGCUCGUCAUCACUGCUUUACUGGCGUUGGUAGCGGUCGCCGUAGCCGUCUCCUGUUGGCUGAUGGCCUACCGCCGACGACCCAAAACACUAGCACCGCUACCACAUCCGCCAGAGUUCCCCAAUCCGCUAUUCGCGAAUCCCGAAGCUGUGCCAGAACCCACACCCGAUUAUCUAUCAUAAGCAAUGAUAAACGAGUAAAUAUGCAAAUAGUAAAUAGUUUAGUUAAGAAAUUAAUUGAAUGCAAGUAAAUUAGAAUUUAGUAAAGAAAUAAUGUAUAGAAAUUGAAAUAUUUGAGAAGCACGUGCAAAAAGUUGAGAGCACUAAUUAUAGAUAAUAUGAGAGCAGCUAUUUGCUAUAAAAAAUAUUUGAAAACGUGCAAAGAAAAACAAAAGUGUCAAGAAGCAGCAUAAUUGCUGAAGAACAAGAAUAAUCAAAUGAAAACUGGAUGGUCAAAAUUUGCUAGAAACAUGAUACUAAAUGUAAUAUAAUAAAUGUAUAGGAUACAACUUCUCAACUCACCAUGACAUUCCUAAGGAGCGUAGCCGAGGUUAGUUAGACGACCGGCUACACGCUCGUAUUAUAACUAAUAUGAGAAUUUCAAGUAGCUUUUGGCAAUUUAUGGCAAAAGAGAGUAUGCGAAAACUGCAAAAAAGAAGAAAAAAGAAAAUAUUUUUUAUUUGAGUGACUUUGUACAGAUUUAAUUUAAAGAAAGAAAAUUUUAAUAUUUUUUUAAGUACUCUUAGUAGCAGCCAAUUUUAUGAAAAUGUAGCUAGAAAAAAAAAAUAACUAAGAACAACUGCCAAAGCUAUAACACUGCUAACGUUUAGAGGAUAAACAUAUAAAGAGGAGGAGCGAAAAGGCAUUUCGCAUAAUUGCAGAAGCAAGAGAUAUCGGGAAAGGAAGCCAGUUCAACAAAGCUUAUACAGAUUUAGCGAAGCUACGAAGGAAUUCUCGUCUAACAAUACAACUUCUUCAUUAGUCGAAAUACACACAAACACACAUAUAAUACACAAACACACACGCAAUAAAGCAAUUGCGCUGCCACUUACCUAUACAAACUACCUAUAUAUUAUAGCAAUUAAGUGAGCGACUUGUCUUCCUAUAAAAAACGAAACGAAAGUAGUUACAUACAUAUAUAGUAUAGCAGAACUGUGUAGGUGGUGGGGUACUUCGACAUUAAAGCUCUAUAUUUAUACAUAUAUGCACUUGUAUUAUAGCAAAAAAACUGCACUCAAACUAAGUAAAUAGUUACAUAUAUAUAUAUAUAUGAAUAUGUAUGUAUGUAGUUAUAUAAACACCUUUCCUAUUAUUUUAAAAGAAGUAACCAAGAAACUGCCCUUAGAGACGAAGCAUAAGCAGAGAAUUUGAAAAAAACAAAAAUACUCCAUUGCACAGGCAGCAAGGCAGUGUGCAGAAAAAACGCUUUACGCUUAAAAAAUAACAGAAAACCAAUUAGGUGGCAACUCUUCUAUAAAAAUUUACAAAUGUUGAAUGUAAAACGAAAAUCGAAAUUUCAAACACUCAAAACAAGCAUUCAAAAUGUUUAUUUAUUUUUGUACAACAAAUAAAUAAAACUAACAGUACCUUGUGGUAACACACACAAGUAGUAAGCAUUCAAAAAAACUGGAGAAAGUGCGCGAAUAGCGUUUGUAACGUUUGUAAAGGAAGAGCCGAAGUUGCCCCAACACUGCCUUUGUCAUGUAAAAUUUCUGAUUGAAAGAAUUUACAUAUAAUUUUGACGCAUAAGUUAAAGUUAGCAACAACCAUAUAGCUGCCUAAGAGAAGAAAACGGUACAUUUUAAAUAAAAAUAUAUAUUUUUGCUACUUAAUAUUUCUUCCUACUCCCCAAAAAGCGACUAAUGGAGAAUUUGCCUAAAUAAUUUUAUUAUUAUUAUUAUAAUUAUUAUUAUUAUAUAAAAAACGAUUAUAUAUUUAAUGCGUAUUAUUAACUUUUUUGUAUUAAACAGCUAAUUAACAUAUUUAAAUUAACAGAAGCGUGUUAGUCAAGUGCGUUAAAGUAAAAAUAAUUAUUAUAUUUUUAAUUUAAACUUUUUUGUUCUUUUUUUUAGUUUCAUUGUUUUUAAUAAUUUAUAAUAUUUUGUAUGCUUGUUGUGAUUGCGAAAUGCGUAAGCAGAGAGAAGCAAACUUUAAGUUAAAAUAAUUGAAUAAAACAAAACGCGAAAUAUGUACUAUAUAUGAAAAGUAUACUAAAACACAACUAAAAAAAUUAAAUAAAAAUAAAAAUAAAAAAAAAAAUUAAUUAAAAAUUAAAAAAAAAAAACUAUAAAAAAUAUGCAUGCGCGCCUAACCUUAAAAUACACGCUGGCAACACUGCGAAACUCACCGCAAGCGCGCACAACUUUGCAGCGAAAAUUUGGCUGUGCGCUUUUGCGGCGAAUUCGCGCAGCCGUUGCGAGCGUGUGUCUCUGAAAAAGCUUGCGUUGCAUUAAUUUGCAUGAAAAAUUAAAAACUAUAUAGAUAUAUAUAUAUAAACGAAGCAUACAAAAAAAUCGAAAUGUAUAGUCACUACUUUAAGUUAAAUUUUUACUUUCAACUUUAAAAUAAUUUUAUUAAAAAAAAAAACAAGAACAAAUUACACACACACACACACACCGAAAGACACAAAGUGAAAGAAAAAAAAAACAAAAACAAAACAC